GAGCAUUCCCAGCCUUGCCUCGGGUGUAGGGAUUGCAAGGGAAAAGCAAAACUACACGGUCUUUACCCCUGUGUAGUUUUGUUUUUGGGGGUUGUUUUGAGGUUCAACUGUUCUCACCUUGGAUAUUCUGGAAACAUACUGGAUAAAAGGAUUGUUGCUGAGGCAGUAGCCUUCUGGGCACAGUCCCAUCAGUUAUAGGCACCCUUUUAAAUCCAAGGUGCCUACCAUUAUGACAACCCAGGCGCCAACGUUUACACAGCCGCUUCAGAGUGUUGUGGCACUUGAGGGUAGUGCCGCAACAUUCGAAGUUCAAGUUAGUGGUAAUCCAGUUCCUGAGGUGAGCUGGUUUCGUGAUGGCCAGGUUCUUUCUGCUGCCGCUCUGCCCGGCGCUCAGAUCUCGUUCAGCGAAGGCCGCGCUGUUCUGAGGAUCCCCGCCGUGACAGCCGCACACAGCGGAAGGUUUUCUGUGAGAGCCACCAAUGGUGCUGGACAAGCCACUAGCACUGCUGAACUCCUGGUUACAGUGGAAACUGCGCCACCGACCUUUAUUCAGAGACUACAAAGCAUGACUGUGAGACAAGGAAGACAAGUGAGACUGGACGUACGUGUGACAGGAAUCCCUACACCUGUGGUGAAGUUCUACAGAGAGGGAGCUGAGAUUCAGAGCUCCGCUGACUUUCAGAUUGUUCAAGAUGGAGACCUUUACAGUUUUUUGAUUACUGAGGCUUUUCCUGAAGACUCUGGUACAUACUCAGUUAUUGCCUCUAACAGCAGUGGACGUGCCACUUCAACUGCCGAACUACUGGUUCAAGGCGAAGAAGUUGCAGUGCCUGCUAAGAAGACCAAAACAGUUGUUUCAACCUCUCACAUUUCACAGACCAAGGUGGAAAAGAAAGAGGAAGCUCAUUUUGAGUCAUCAGCCAUGAUAGAAAUGCAAACGGAAGGAGGUGUUGAGAUUCAGCAUUUGGCUCACAAGACACCCCCUCGUGCUCCUGGAAAACCAACCUCAAUAUCCCCACCGCCAGCUACAGCGAUUUCAAAGGUUACAGCUGCUCGCCACCAGUCACCUUCCCCUGUAAGACAUGUUAAGGCUCCAACGCCCACACCUGUGAGACCUGGUUCUCCAACUUCAAGAGUGUCUGUGUCCCCUAUCAGACCUGUGAAGUCUCCAUUAACCACGCGCAAGUAUGUCACACAGGCUGCUGAUGUUUUGCCUCCAUGGAAGCAGGAAGGAUAUGUAGCAGAGUCCAGCUACACUACCAUGUCUACUGGACCCACAUAUGUCCAGUCCUUUUCCACACAUGCCCAAAAGGAACAGUGGGAGGGCUCUUUUGCCAUGCAGCAACAGAUCAGUGGGGCUAUUAUCAAAGAGGCUGUGGAAGCUGCAAUGAUCCCUUCACAUACACAAGUGCAAGUGAUGCCACCAACAGUUAUGGCUGGCUUGAAGAACCUGACUGUUAUUGAGGGAGAGUCUGUGACUCUGGAGUGCCAGAUCUCAGGCCACCCCACACCGGGCAUUAUGUGGUUCAGAGAGGACUACAGGAUUGAGAGCUCCAUUGACUUCCAGAUCACAUAUGAGCAAGGAUAUGCACGUUUAGUGAUCCGUGAGGCUUUUGCCGAGGAUAGUGGACAUUUCACUUGCACUGCAACAAAUGAGGCUGGAACUAUCAGCACCUCCUGCUACCUGCUUGUGCAAGUCUCUGAGGAAAUUGAGAGUCGGGAGGAUCUGACAGCUAUUUCUGAACAUGUUGAAGUGUCUAUGCAAGAAAGACAGAUUGCAGCUGGAGCCAGACAAGAGACCAGGUCAGAAGUCAGUGCUGUAUCUGAAUCUGUGGACACUGGAGCAGCUAAGGCUCCGUUCUUUGUGACGAAGCCCGCAGUGCAGAAACUGGUGGAAGGUGGUAGUGUUAUUUUUGAAUGCCAGAUUGGAGGCAGUCCCAAACCUCACAUCUACUGGAAAAAGAGUGGCAUUCCACUCACUACUGGAUACAGAUAUAGAGUUGUUUACAAUAAAGAAACAGGUCAAUGCAAAUUGGAGAUUUCCAUGGCAUUUUCUGAUGAUGCUGGAGAAUACACAGUGUUUGCCAGAAACAAGCUUGGAGAGGCAUCUGCAUCAGCUAUACUGCUUAAUGAAGAGGCAUAUGAAGCAUACAUAAAAGAACAUGAAGUUGCAUCUAAGACUGAAGUGACAACAGCAGUGAGACUGGAGCCCAAAGUCGGAGAUGUUCCACCUGUAUUUAGAAAUGAACUUGAAAAACAGCAAUUAAUCAUUCAGAGGAAGAUGGCUAAGCAAACUCAAAUGAUGCAGUCCUUCACCUCUGAGCAGGAGUUCCAAAUAUCUUCUGUUGAGCAGAGGUUCAUGUAUGAGAUUGAGUGUCAUCUUCUUAAAAUGACUUACCAAAAAUUGUUGGCUGAAGAUGGGGAGCAGAUGGACAUGACCAUUUCUGAGCAUGAGUGUGUAUCCCCAGUUUUUAGCACUCCAGUGAAAAAUUACAAGCUCAGGGAAGGAAUGAGUGCUACAUUGCACUUUAAAAUGACAGGAACGCCACUUCCUAAGAUUGCGUGGUAUAAAGAUGGCAAACGCAUAAGACAUGGAGACCAUUAUCAAAUCGAGGUUCUUAAAGAUGGCAGAGCCAGUCUACGUCUACCUGUGGUUCUGCCAGAGGAUGAGGGAAUCUACACUGCUCUGAUUAGCAACAUGAAGGGUAAUGCUGUCAGCUCUGGCAAGCUGCAUGUGGAAUUAGCUGAUACAGUUGUACAGCCACGGUACCGUCAACCUGAAACAGCUCAGAGAAUCAGAUCCAAAUCGCCACGCUCUAGCAGUCGUUCUCCUGGACGCUCACCUGCUCGCAGACUGGAUGAGACUGAUGAAGCCCAACUUGAAAGGCUUUAUAAGCCUGUAUUUGUCACAAAGCCAUCUUCUUUUAAGUGCUCUGAGGGACAAACUGCAAGAUUUGAUCUGAAAGUUGUAGGAAGGCCCAUGCCUGAAACUUACUGGUUCCACAAUGGACAACAAGUGGUGAAUGACUACACCCACAAGAUUGUGGUGAAGGAAGAUGGAACUCAGUCAUUGAUUGUGGUUCCUGCUAUGCCUCAUGACUCUGGAGAAUGGACAGUUGUUGCUCAAAACAGAGCUGGGAAAACCUCGGUUUCCAUGACUCUCACUGUAGAAGCUAAAGAAAACUUGGUGAGACCCCAGUUUGUUGAGAAGCUGAAAAACAUUAGUGUUAAAGAAGGCAGCUUGGUUGAAUUGGCUGUUAAAGCAAUCGGCUCUCCCCUUCCUGACAUUGUUUGGCUGAAGAACAGUGAUAUCAUCAGCCCACAAAAGCAUCCAACUAUCAGAAUUGAGGGCGGCAAGGGGGAGGCUUCUUUCAAGAUCUCCCAGAGUUCUGGCUCUGAUACUGCAUGGUAUACAGCUACAGCUAUUAACAAAGCUGGCCGAGAUACCACUCGCUGCAAAGUCAAUGUUGAAGUGGAGGCAGUGGGACCUCAGCCAGAAAGAAGACUCAUUAUUCCUAAGGGAACUUACAAAGCUAAGGAAAUUGCUGCACCAGAGCUAGAGCCACUGCAUCUCCGCUAUGGUCAGGAACAAUGGGAGGAGGGUGACCUUUACGACAAGGAGAAGCAGCAGAAGCCUCAGUUCAAAAAGAAACUGACAUCUGUUAGACUAAAGCAGUUUGGUCCUGUACAUUUUGACUGCAGACUCACCCCUAUUGGUGAUCCCACAAUGAUUGUUGAGUGGCUGCAUGAUGGCAAGCCCCUGGAAGCUGCUAACAGACUACGUAUGGUCAAUGAGUUUGGUUACUGCAGUCUUGACUAUGAAGCUGCUUAUGCCAGAGACAGUGGUGUUGUCACAUGCAGAGCUACCAACAAAUUUGGUGUUGACCAGACCUCAGCCACACUGAUUGUGAAAGAUGAGAAGAGCCUUGUUGAGGAAAGUCAGUUGCCUGAGGGUAGGAGGGGGCUCAGAAUAGAUGAAAUUGAGCGCAUUGCUCAUGAGGGAGGUCCUACUGGAGUUACUGGUGAUGAAACAACAGAGAAAACUAAGCCUGAGAUUGUCUUGCUUCCAGAGCCCAUUAGAGUACUGGAGGGGGAAACUGCUAAAUUCCGUUGCAGAGUAACUGGAUACCCAACCCCAAAAGUCAACUGGUAUAUGAAUGGACAGCUUAUUCGCAAGAGCAAAAGAUUCAGGCUACUGUAUGAUGGCAUUCACUACCUUGAGAUUGUGGACUGCAAGUCUUAUGAUUCAGGAGAUGUCAAGGUAUUGGCAGAAAACCCUGAAGGUGCAGUCGAACAUGUUGUGAAGUUUGAGAUUCAACAGCGGGAGGAUUUCCGAGCAGUUCUGCGUCGGGCCCCAGAAAUUAAGCCUCCUACAACUGUUCAAGAGCACGGCAGAGUGUCCUUUGAAGUUAUUAAACCUGAGAAGUCCUCAGACACCUCCCAAGAGUCAAAAGAGGUGGUGAAGCUGAGAAAAGCAGAGAGGGUAAUCCACGAGAAAUUAACAGAGGAAUCUGAAGAGCUGAGAAGCAAAUUUAAACGCAGGACCCAGGAAGGCUACUAUGAAGCAAUUACUGCAGUUGAACUAAAGUCCCGUAAGAGAGAUGAGUCCUAUGAAGAUAUGCUCAGGAAGAGAAAAGAUGAACUCCUUCAUCAUACCAAAGAACUAGCUGAGGCUGAAAAGAAAAGGGAAGAAGAGGAGCAUAAACUCACCAUUCCCAAAAUCAAACCAGAUAAAAUAGUACUUUCACCCAGUAUGGAAGCUCCAAAAAUUCUGGAACGUAUUCAGAGUCAGACAGUUGCCCAAGGCGAUGAAGUCCACUUCCACUGCAGAGUUAUUGGUAAACCAGAUCCAGAAUGUCAGUGGUUCAAGAAUGGAGUUUUGCUGGAAAAAUCAGACCGAAUUUAUUGGUACUGGCCUGAAGACCAUGUCUGUGAACUGGUCAUUAGAGAUGUGUCCACUGAAGAUUCUGCUAGUAUCAUGGUCAAAGCCAUGAACAUUGCAGGAGAGACCUCAAGCCAUGCAUUCUUACUGAUUCAUGCAAAACAAGUUGUAUCAUUUACUCAAAUACUAGAAGAUCAAAGUGCCAAAGAAAAGGACACCAUGGUGACCUUUGAAUGUGAGACCAAUGAGCCUUUUGUGAAGGUCAAAUGGCUGAAGAACAAUGCAGAGAUUUUCUCUGGAGACAAGUACAGGAUGCACUCUGACAGAAAGGUGCAUUUCAUGUCUGUACUUACCAUCAACAUGAGUGAUGAAGCAGAAUACAGCUGUGUAAUCACCGAUGAUGACCACAUAAGAACAACUGCAAGACUUUAUGUUGAAGGUGCACCACUUGAUAUUGUGAAGAACCUUGAGAAUACAGAAGUACCAGAGUCAUAUGCAGGGGAGUUUGAGUGUGAAGUGUCCCGUGAAGAUGCUGACGGCACUUGGUACUUUGAAAACAAAGAGAUAACUCCUAGCCUUAAAUAUGUUGUGUCCUCUCGUCGUGGCCGACAUGGCCUAUCUGUUAAAGAUGUGACAAAAGAGGACCAAGGCAAAUACACUUUUAAAGUGGGUGAUCUGAAGACAAGUGCGUCCCUGAAGAUGAAAUUGCGUCCAGUUACACUGAUGCAAGGCCUGUCUGACUUGACAAUAUGUGAGGGGGAUAUUGCCCAGCUGGAAGUACGAUUCUCUCAGGAAAAUGUGGAGGGAACUUGGAUGAAGAAUGGUCAGGCCAUCUCUGCCACAGACAGAGUUCAUAUUGUAGUUGACAAACUAAACUAUAAGCUUCUAAUUGAAGAUGCUAAUAAAGAUGAUACUGGAAUGUACUCCUUCAUUGUCCCCAACCAAGACAUUUCCACAACAGGAAAGCUUACUGUUCAAGCUAUUGACUUUUUGACACCAUUAAAGGACUUUUCUUCAGUAGAGGGUACAAAGUCUGUUUUUGAGGCCAAGAUUACCGCAGCUGAUGUGAGCUCAGUAAAAUGGUAUCAUAACGACAAACUGGUAAUACCCAACGACAGAGUACAAAUGGUCGCAAAAGGUUCAAAACAACGUCUAGUGUUGAACAGGACCUAUGCUUCUGAUGAAGGACAAUAUAAGAUCGUUGUUGGUCGUGUUGAUUCGACAUGCAAACUGACAGUUCAAAAGGUCAGCAUUGUAAAGCACAUGGAGGACUGUGUUUGUACAGAGACUCAGAAUGUCACAUUUGAGGUUGAAGUGUCUCAUUCUGGAAUUGAUGCUCUCUGGACAUUUAAGAAUCAACCUCUAAAGGCUGGUCCCAAGUACAAAAUUGAGAGCAAAGGUAUCCACUAUAGUCUCACUGUCCUUUAUGCCAUGAAGGAUGAGGAGGGAGAGUACGUCUUUGCUGCUGGCGAGAAGACAUCUAGUGCAAAGCUUAUUGUUUCAGGUGGUGCCAUAAGCAGGCCACUUUGUGAUUUGACAGUAGCAGAGUCCCAGACAGCUGUGUUAGAGUGUGAAGUUGCCAGCACAUCUGCCGAGGGAAAAUGGCUUAAGAAUGGACAACCUGUUGACUUCAGUUACAAUGUCAGGAGUGAACAGAACGGUACUGUAAGAAGCCUUGUCAUUGAUAUCACCAGACCACAGGAUAUUGGAGAGUAUACAUACCAAGUUGCAAAUUCUAAGACUUCUGCCAACCUGAAGGUUGAAGCUGUUAAGAUCAAAAAGACCAUGAAGAACCAAACUGUCGUUGAGACACAAGAGGCCGUGUUCAGCCUUGAGCUCACUCAUUUGGAUGUGAAAGGAUCCCAGUGGAUCAAGAACGGAGUCGAAAUCCUACCAAGUGAUAAAUAUGAAAUCACAGUAAACGGAAUGGUUCACGCCUUGAAAAUUAAAAAUUGUAGCACCCAGGAUGAAGCUGUUUAUGGAUUUAAACUCGGAAAGCUCUCUGCUAAUUCAAGACUCAAUGUUGAGACUAUCAAAGUUGUGAUGAAGCCUAAGGAUAUAAAAUCACUGAUGGGUGGCACUGCUUCAUUUGAGCUGAGUCUAUCACAUGAUGACAUUCCAGUUAAGUGGAUGUUCAAGAACCAAGAACUCAAGCCAAGCUCUAAUAUUAAGAUACUCUCAGAAAGAAAAGCCCACAAGCUGGUUAUUCAAGGUGUGGAAGAAAGCAUGGCAGGAGAAUACAUUGCUGUCAUUGGACAUUUGCAGUGCAGUGCACACCUACAUGUUGAAUCUUUGAGGGUCACAAAGCCCUUGAAGAAUGUUGAGAUUCCAGAGACUCAGGUGGCCACAUUUGAAUGUGAAGUUUCGCAUUAUAAUGUCCCGUCCACCUGGCUGAAAAAUGGAGUUGAGAUUGAAAUGAGUGAGAAGUUCGGAAUAGUGGUGCAGGGCAAGCUUCACCAACUGAAGAUCAUGAACGCUAGCACAGAUGAUGCUGCAGUGUACACAUUUGUAUGUGGAAACGAUGGUGUCUCAGCCACCCUGACUGUUAGCCCCAUUCAGAUCACCUCCAUCCUUAAAGACCUAAGCGCUCAAGAAAAGGACACCAUUACAUUUGAAGUGGCUGUUAAUUAUGAGGGCAUCACCCACAAAUGGCUGAAAAAUGGUGUAGAGAUUAGAUCCACUGACAGAUGCCAGACUCGUUCGAGACAGUUUACUCACUCUCUCACCAUCCGCAAUGUGCACUUUGGGGAUAGUGCAGAGUACACGUUUGCGGCAGGAUCUUCUCAGACAUCUGCAAAGCUGUUCGUUGAGGCUCGUGUCAUUGAGUUUAUGAAACACAUAAAAGAUAUCAAAGUCACUGAGAAGAAAAAGGCCGUCUUUGAAUGUGAGCUCUCUGAGCCCAAUGUUCAAGUCACAUGGAUAAAAGAUGGACAGGAACUUGAAUUAUCUGACAGGUUUAAAGCUACAACAGACAAAUACCAUCAGCAUUUGAUGAUCCAGAGCAUUCGCAUGUCUGAUGCUGGCGAAUACUCUGUGGUUGCUGGGUCAAGCAUAUCCACGGCUCACCUCAUAGUAGAGGGCAAGGAUGUUCACAUCUCUGAGCCGGCUGAGAAGGAAAUAACGGUGGUUGAGAAGCAAAGAGCCACUUUAGAGUUUGAAGUCAGUGAGGAUGAAAUCGAAGGUCGCUGGCUGAGAAAUGGUGUUGAGAUCCAAUUCUCUCAAGAGAAGCGUUUCAACUAUGUGGCUAUCAGAAUGAUUCAUCGCUUGACGAUUGCUGAAACUUACCAGAGUGAUGCUGGGGAAUACACUUUUAUUGCUGGGAAGAACAGGAGCACAGUGAAUCUACAUGUCAACAUUCCUGAGCCUCCUCAGAUUAUCAGACAUAUGGAGCCUUUGUCUGUGGAGGCUGGCAAACCUGCACGCUUCUCUGUGGAAGUGACUGGUAUCCCUCAGCCCCAGGUCUCCUGGUAUAAGAACUCUCAGGCACUAUCUUCUGGAUUUAAGUGUAAGUUCCAGAGAGAAGGAAAUGAACACACUCUGCUUCUCAUUGAAGUCUUCCCAGAGGAUGCAGCUCAGUACACUUGUGAAGCCAGAAAUGGCUUUGGACAGGCCACCAGCUCAGCUGUACUCAAUGUAGAAGUUUCUGAAGUGGUUUCUCCAGAUGUUGGAGUUCCACCAUCUCCACCUGUGAUAAUAUCUCCUAUACAUGAUGUAUCUGUUGAAGAGGGAGAGUCUGCAAGAUUCCAGUGCCAUGUCUCUGGAGAGGAUCUGAAUGUCACUUGGUACUGCAAAGAUAAGGAGAUUAAGCCAUCAGACAACCUCAGAAUGUCCCACUAUGAUGACAGCUGCCAGCUGGAGAUUGUCAGAGUCUAUGCUGAGAACGAGGGGCCAUAUUCCUGUGUUGCUCGCAAUUCCUCAGGGAUGGUUUCUUGUUCAGCAGUUCUGAGAGUCAAUGAUCACAAUGUGAAAACCAUAAGUAAGCAAAGUGUGUCAAGCAGUGAAGUAUCUCUUAUGGAGGGGAUCACUUCUCACACCUUGACUGAGACCCAUUCUUCUUCCACUGUUCAAACUUUUGAAACGGUGUCCACUGUGGAAACAUGCACAACCUCUAUGAAAAGCUUCAAGGUCCAGCAACACAUGUCAUCAGUGGAAGACUAUUCCAGCAAACCUGCUUUAACUUUGAAAAUGAAUGAUCUCAUAGUCAGCCUGGGAGACAUGGCUCAAUUCGACUGCUCUUUCACUGGGGAGCCUCUUAUUGAAAUUGUAUGGGACCAUAAUGGAAGGGCACUGACAAAUACAGAGAGAGUGCAGUGUAUGGAUCAAGGAGGGGUCUUGUCUCUUAUCAUAUUCAAUGUGCAACUCACAGACGAGGGAAAUUACCGCUGUACUGUUAAAAAUGAAAAUGGCGAGAAUCGAACAUCUGCACGGCUCACAGUAGAAGCUGAAGAAGCAAUUCCCAAAGCAGAAACCCCCAUCCCUUCUGACUCUCUCAGUAAAUCUUCUAAAAGUGAAAAUGAGUCCAGUACAAAGACAUCUGAAAAAGAAAAACAGGAGUACUUCCAGGAUAUUGGGCCGCUAAAUACCUCCUCCCUGAGAGCGAACUGGCAGAUAAGCCAACAUUACUACCCUGAUGUGAUACCCUUGGUGGAUCAUGUUAUAUAUGAAUCGAUUCAGCCAGAGUUUCUUAUGAAACUACCACCAGAAAUCAUUGCAAAGCAGCAAGACAAUGUAUCUCUUUAUUGUGUAAUCAAAGGAAUCCCCUCUCCAUAUGUGAUUUGGCUACACAACCAGUUGAUGGUUGAAGAUUCACGGUCGUACUCACUGAAGCAUGAUGGACCCUUGUGCUGCUUAAAUUUAAUGAAUAUUGGUCCCAGGCAAGGAGGCACUUAUACAUGCAAAAUUAUCAAUGCUGCAGGAGACAAUGAGUGCAGCACCCAACUCAGGGUGAAGACAGUGCCAAGAGUGGAAGAACCUACCUGUGUGAAAGAAGUCAAAGAUUUUUCUAGCAUGGCUAUAUGUACUGAAGAGGACUCUUACACCACAAUCAAAACCUUUGAACUUGUGCCAGAAACUAAAUUCUAUACAGAAACAUUAGAGAAAAAAAUAGAAAAGCCAGUUUUUGUAACCAAACUCUCCCCAGCAAUUGUAACUGUUGGAAACACAGCUAAAUUUACUGCAGUUGUAGCUGGAUUUCCAAAACCUGUUGUUGAGUGGUAUCACAACGGCCAAGUAAUAACCACCUCAUCUAUUUAUACAUUUGUGCAAGAGAACGAAGAAUACACUCUGGUUAUAAGCAAUGUUAAAAAGGAAUUAGAGGGAGAGUAUACUUGUACUGCAAGCAACAGGUUUGGCAACUCACGGUGUGCAUCUUAUCUUCAUGUUAAAGUAAAAGAUGCAAAAAAUGUAGAGCAGACCAUCUGUCAACCUCCAUAUUUUAUUAAAGAAAUUGAGUCUGUGCAAUCCACAGUUGGAGGCCAGGCUGUUUUUGAAUACAAAGUUACAGGUUCUCCAUUUCCUGAAAUUCAAUGGUUCAGAGGCAGCAACCGUAUUCAACCUAGUAAAUAUUGUAUUAUUAUGAGUAAUGUAGAUGGAUCUGGCUGCAUAAAGAUAAUGGAAAUUCAGCCAAGUGAUGGUGGUCUCUACUCAUGUAGGGCAUCGAACCCACUGGGAGAGACAUUUUGCAAUGCAGAACUAAUUGUCUUCUUUGAUAGUGUUUCAACAUCUCAACAGCAAGAACAAGUUGUUUCAAUGAAGCAAAAAAAGUACAAAGUGUCACCGUCUGAACAUGCCACUGAGACCCGUUUGUACAGUGUAAGUCUUUCCGGACAUGCCAGAGCUAGUCUGCAGGAAGGACACCAGAUGAUUUAUACCAUUGGCACUGAAGAUAGACAGGCAGUAUCAAGUGAACAAGUAGAUACUCUGUCUGACUUAGAUGUUUCAUCUGCAACUGUGCACAGAGAGCAGGUAACUCACCAAGCUGCAGUUCUGCAGUCUCAUGAAAUGCAAGAGAGAGUAGCUAUUGCUUUAACAGAGCCACAACAAGCUGUGGCAGCACCUCAGAAACAGCUCCACAUUGCUGCAAUGACCUCUGCUGUUCAAGAAAGCCAAGGCUUCACAGAACAGCACGCUGAUCGUAUCAAAAGUCCUGUGGUAAUAGAGCUGGAGCUUACAGAGGAACAGCCUUCACGGGUGAUGUCUGCCAUUUCUCAGAGUGUAAUCCCUCUUACAAUUGUGAAGGCUGACCCUAUAACUUGCAAAGAAGGAGAAAGCAUACCUACUAUUCCAGAACCAAAACAUGCUUUUAAUAGUCAACAGGUUGAGACAAAGCUCACCAUCUUAAAUGAAGAAUACAAAAAUAUUCCUUUCCCCGAAGAGGAGAAACCUUUCAGAAUUGCAGAAGGGGUUAAGUUAUUGUAUUCUGCAAUAUCCUCAGAGAACCUGCAAGUUUCAGAGGCUCAUUCUUCUAUGUUACCAUCUUUGGAGUCCAGUGAAUCUUUAAUUGGAAAGGAAAAACCCAAACCAGUACUUGCAUCUCUAAGUGAAGUAAAGAACACUCUUUCAAAAGAAAGUAAUUUAGAAAUUGACAAACCAGUUGAGGAGGUUGCGCAUUUGUCCAAAGACCAAAUGUUAAAAUCAGCCUUUAUUGCUGAGGAAAAGCAUACACUUCAUGCUGACAAAACAACAGCAAUUCCAGGUCUAGAUAGUGCUGUUUCAGUGCGUUCCCAGAAAGAAGAGGACCAGGUGCUUCAUUUACAGGUAAUCUGUGAUCAAUAUACUCUUCCACCUCAGGGUAAAUUUACUAGUGAGAAACCAAGAACUGAGCAAGCUGAUAGCAGGAAAAGCUCCACUCUUUUUCAAACAAUGUCUGUGGAUGAGCAGACCGUUGUUCAGUGUGAACAUUCAUCAGAGUUUUCUUCUGAUAAGACAACAGAAUGUAUAAAACCAAAGAAAGAGGCUCCAGCCAAGAUAUAUCUUCAGUCUAUGCAGACAGAGACCACUUUAUACAAAGAAGGAUUACUUUCAGUAGAAGAACCAGAUCAGCAAAACGCAUUGCAGAGACAAGAAAAAAACCGUAAAUAUGCAGCUACUACUGAGGAGAAGUUAAAGCUGACCGCAGAUUCCUCCAAAGAUCUUGAUGUUUCUGUGAAAGGGGUGAAACCUGAACACAGACAAGAACCCAAACCUUUGAACAUUCUUCAUGUGGUCUCAGAACCUAUGCAGCUCCCAAAGGAAAGUCCUUUUGCUAGUUAUGAUAAAGAGUGUCAUACACUUUUACAAAAGGAGGAACACUGGAAUAUUGUGCAUGCAAUGUCAGUGUUAGACAAAUUUGCAUUAGAGGAGGGUCACACAGAUAUUGUAAAGGCAAUGGAGAAGUUUACUUGCAAGGUAGGUUUAGAACCUAAACAAUCCAUACAGUCUGUGUAUAUUGAGGAACAGGCCAUAUCCACUGAAAGCUGUUCCACUCUUGAGGCUGCUGAGCAGGAUUAUGCUGUUCAUAUUCAAGAGGGCCAAUCAGUGAAGCAGUCUAUAUUAAUUGAAGAGAAGCAAACUGUGACAGGAGAAAUAUCUAAGGAUAUUAAGAAAUCAGAGGCAACAACAAUAAAUAUUCUGACAGAGCCCUCUGAACCUCUUCUUGUGACAGAGUCUCAAGAAAGCAAAGUACUUCCCAAGGAACUCACAUUUGUGAUUCCUGCACCAAAACCACACAUCUUGGGCAUCAAACAUCAAUUAAAAAAUGCAUUACAGUGUGCUGUGGCCUGUGAUCAGCCAUUAAUCUUGUCAGAUGUUGUAGGUAGUUUAAGAGUUGUGGAAGUGAAGGAGGUUAAGAUGCAUAAGGAACCAAAGUACGCAAUGUUCUCAUAUCUUAUUACAACUACAUCUGCCCCAGUGGAAAUAACAAUUGCUUUUGAAGGUGAAUAUCCUCAAAUAGCUGAUCUUAGGAGUGAACUUCAGUCUGCCUUAAACUCUAUAAUUUAUCAGGAACAUCAGGUCUUCACUUCUGAACAGCCUGAGACAAUGGCAGUCCUUAGACCUCAGCGGGUUCAGUUUAGACCAGCUACUUCAAAAGAGAUGCGCACACCAGUGGUAGAGUCUGUACGGUUAACUGAAAAUGUGGAAGUGUUUGCACCACCAAAGGGUCAGACUGCGGCUUUGAAGACUGAAGCCAAAGAAUCUUUCCAGUAUAUAACUGACCAGGAACAAAUUAUAGUACAAGAGUCAAAACACCAGAUGGCCAUCGAAUCAAAAUCUGAUAUCCUAGAAUCAAUUCAGACUAGAACACAAGAAAACAAGCAAAGAAAGAGAGCUGUAGGUUUUGAAGAUAUCACUACUAGCCUGCCAGUGACCCCAUUUCCAGUGGAAAAGUCUACAGAUGUCCUUUCUGAGAAACAGAAAAGUGUGGAAUUUCUAAAAGAAGACGUAACACUGAACAGAACAUCAGAACAGGUUUUGGCCAAGAUGAUAGCUUUUGAAUUGCCAUUGGAAGAUAUUGCUGUAGUGGAGAAUACUGUGGUUACAUUUACUGUCCGUAUCAAAAAUGUGAACCAAGUCAGCUGGUUUUUCAAUGGCAAAUUGAUCGAAUCUGGCAAAGAGUUCAAAUGCUCUAAACACCACGAUGCAUAUACCUUAGUAAUCAACAAAGUUACAAAGGAAAAACAUGAAGGAGAAUACACAUGUGAGGCUGUGAGUGAAGAUGGCAAGGCCUUAACAUCAUCAAGACUCACGAUUCUUUCAAGAGUGCCACCAGUAUUCAAGAAAAAAAUCCAUGACCUUGAAAGCAAAGUUGGCAGUGCUGUGAAUUUCGAAUGUGAAAUACAAGAUGCUCCAAACGUGACCUUCAAAUGGCUCAAGUCUAACUCUGAACUCAGACACAGUGAGAAGUACAGGAUCAUCAACCACCAUACCACAUCGCGUCUAGAGCUUCUGAACUCAACCAAGGCAGACAGUGGGGUAUAUACCUGCCGUGCCUCCAACAAACAUGGCACUGACAGCUGCUCUGCUAACCUGAACAUCACUGAACCUCCCUCCCUACAAAUGCUGGAUGUAGAAAAGGGACCAACUACGGUGUUUCAGUGUGAGGUUAUUGGUACUGCCCCAUUUGGAGUUAACUGGUUUAAUAACAUAAAGCCACUACCUUUGGACAAAAAGCAUGCACUUGUUUUUGAAGAUUCAGUUGAACAUUUGAAGUUACAUUCUUUUGAAAGAUCAGAUGUUGAGGAAUACCAAUAUUGCUUAUCAAAUACAGUCGGAAAGAUGUCUUCAGAAUCAGUUGCUGGGUUGAGAGAACCUCCAUGCUUCCUGAAGAGGUUGACUGACACAGUCUUCCCAAUUACCAGUAGAUUGAGGCUUGAAUGCACUUUCACUGGAGCUCCAAAGUUGUUUGUAACGUGGUACAAAGAUGGAAAGCAGCUGUACGCCUCAUACAGAUAUAGCACAAGAGUGACAGAAAAUUCGUGUAUCCUGGAGUGCCUGCAUGAGUGUAACAAAGAAACACCAGGAAAAUACUCUUGUGAAGUCUUAAAUUCCUAUGGAACUGACAUAUGUCAUGCCAAUGUGACAACAGUGACAGAACGGAAAAUUCCACCAACCUUCACUAAAAAGCCUCCAGAGCAUUUUGAGGAGACUGAGGGUAAAUUGGUGAAACUUGAGGGCCAUGUAUCUGGAUCACAGCCACUGUCCAUCAGCUGGUAUAAAGACAACAAGCAAAUUUUCAGUUCUGGGAACAGUGAAAUGUCCUUUGAGGGCAACGUGGCCGUGUUAUGUAUUAAGAAAUCCCAGACAUCAGAUAGUGGCACAUAUACUUGCAGUGCAUCUAAUGAAGCUGGUGCUGCAUCCUACAGUGUGGAGAUAAGCAUUACAGGAAAACAAACACCACCAACCUUUGAUCUGACCCUUAAGCCUAUUACAGUGGACGAGGGUGAGAGACUUAGCCUUAGCUGCCAUGUUUGUGGCUCUCCUCCAUUGUCAAUCAAAUGGAUGAAGGACAGAAGAGAGGUGAUUUCCUCUGACAACUCCAAGAUCACAUUUAUGGAUGGCUCUGCCACACUGACAAUUGCCAAGGCAUCCAGAGCUGAUGCGGGAGACUACCUGUGCAAAGCAACCAACAGUGCUGGUAGUGAUUUCUCUAAAGCCAAGGUCACCAUUAAAGCAGGAGCAGCCCCUGCGGCAGCUCAAACAACACCUUCUGCACCUCAGCCUGCUCAGAAACUGGAUGACUUGUUCUUCAUUGAUGAACCUAAGAGUGUCCGUAUAGCAGAGAAGGGCACUGCAACCUUCAUCGCCAAGGUUGGCGGUGAUCCCAUUCCUAAUGUGAAAUGGAUGAAGGGCAAAUGGAGGCAGAUGACUCAUGGUGGUCGCAUUGCCAUUGUGCAGAAAGGCGAAGAUGCCAAGCUGGAAAUCAGAGAAGUGACCAAAUCGGAUGCUGGACAGUAUAGAUGUGUAGCAUCAAACAAACAUGGAGAAAUUGAUUCCAGCACUGAUCUGACUGUUGUUGAGAGGAAAGAGAUUACACCUGAAACAGUGAAACUGAAGAAGACACCAUCAAAGCAGAAAAGUCCACAGGAGGACAAAGACAUUGACAUAGUUGAGCUGCUAAGAAAUGUAGACCCAAAAGAGUACGAGAAGUAUGCUCGCAUGUACGGUAUCACAGACUAUCGUGGUCUUCUUCAGGCCAUUGAACAGCUGAAGAAAGAGAAGGGUGAAGAAAGUGGAAGACCGCAACAUGAAUAUACCAGAGAAUCCGAUGAGGAUUUGGUUAGGCUUGUGUCUGAUUUGCAGAGAAGAAUGGAACAAAUUGAACCCAUUACUCUGAUUAAUGACAUCAAAGAUCAAACUACCAAAGUUAACACAGAGGCUGUGUUUGAGUGUGAAAUUAAGAUCAACUACCCAGAAAUCACACUGUCUUGGUACAAAGAUUCAAAGAAGCUUGAGAACGGCAGUAAAUAUAAUAUUAAAGUAGUGGGUGAUCGCCAUUUGUUGAAGAUCAAGAAUGUCCAAACAAGUGACCAGGGAAAUUACCGUGUCAUCUGUGGCCCACACAUCUCCAGCGCCACACUGUCAGUCGCAGUUGAUCAAAUACAGUUCACUAAGCGCAUUCAAAACAUUGUGGUGAAGGAACGCCAGACUGCGACUUUUGAGUGUGAAUUGGCAUUUGACAAUGCAGUCGUCACAUGGUAUAAAGACUCCUGGGAGCUUAAAGAGAGUCCAAAAUAUGCCUUCCAAUGUGAGGGACGACGUCAUUUUAUGAUCAUCUGUAAUGUAACAUCUGAGGACGAAGGUGUAUACUCAGUGAUUGCACGACUGGAGCCCAUUGGUGAAGCUAAAAGCUCAGCUGAGCUGUACCUGUCAGGCAAAGAAAUUGAUCUAGGAACAAUUUCUUACGAUGUCUCAGAAACAUUAAUACAAGUGCCUGAGGUGUCAUCUAUGAUUAGUUUUAAAGAUGAGUCAACAGAAUAUUAUCAUUAUGAAGAAAAGACUGAAGUGAAAGAGUUUGAGAGUUGGACAGUGCAAGAAGAAAGAUUCAUUCAUGAAGUCACAUCAACUCAAGAACUGAAGAAGCCAGCUGAAGAAACUGUAACCAGAAUGGUGGCACAAAAGACAGAAGAAAAACCCCAAGAAGAACCCAAAGUCAUGCCUGUAGAGGAAACAGUCCCAGUAACAAUUGUGCCUGAGUCAAAACAACAACCUACACCUAAAGAUGUCCUAAAAUCUGCAGUUCCUGAGGCACCUAAGCCCAAACCUCAGCUGUCAACUGAACCUAAAAUGGUACCAGUAGCUGUAGCCAAGCCAGAGCCUAAAACUGAGUCUAAACAUGAAAGAAAAUCUACACAGAAGCCAGAGCCUAAACCUGAGACUAAACCUGAACCAAAAGCUACACAGAAGCCAGAGCCUAAACCUGAGACUAAACCUGAACCAAAAGCUACACAGAAGCCAGAGCCUAAACCUGAGACUAAACCUGAACCAAAAGCUACACAGAAGCCAGAGUUAAAACCUGAAACUAAGUCAGAACCUAAGAUUUCAGUUACAAAGAAACCUGCGUCAACACCAAUAAGAGAACCAGGUCCUCCUAAGAAGCAAGAGGCAGUAUUGCAACCAGAAUUAACUACAAACCCCGAAGAGCUAUUACCUCAAAAAACAGUCAUUACACCAUUAAAAGCUCAUGAGGUGGAAACGACAACAGAAACACCAAAAAUAGAACCAGAUAAAAAUUCAGACCUUGUAACAUCAGUUGCCCCUGAACCACCAAGGAUCACAAAACCUAAACAGGAACUGUCUGCAAAACUGAAGGCUGAGCCAAGUAAAGAACAAGAGCCUGCGAUUGUGUCAACAAGAAAACAGGAGACUUCACCAGAUCCACUUAAGGUGCAAAAGGCAGAUGUUUUUGAGCCACCAGAACUUACACCUGAAUCUAGAAAGCCGGUAGAAGUCCAACUGGCUAAAAAGCCAGAGCCUACACUUGUACCUCGAGACAUCCGAAAACCAGAACCAAUUAGAAAGACUGAGCUACCAUCAAUCUCUAAAGCAGAGCCAGUUAUUAAAGAAGGGCCACAAGUUGUUCUCCCGGAAGCUCCAAAAGUAGAGCCAGAGUUAACCCAAAGUUCCCCAGAGCUACCUCUAGAAAAAACUGAAGUCAUCCAGAAGAAUGAAAAGACACCUGUUGCUAAAAAGAAGUCUCCCCCAAAGAGAGUGGUCGAACUUACAUAUCCAGAAGUUCCACCUGAGGAAGCACCUGUGUGUAAACCUCAAAAGGAUAUUGAAAUGGCUCCUACCAGAGAUUCAAAAAGAGUUGAACAUAAUCAAUAUGCAACAAUGGAAAUAUCUAAGAGAUUAGAGGAAAUUUCUGUAACAAAGGAAAUGAUUUCAAUACAAGAAAUCUCAUAUGAAAGUGAUAGUCUGUCAUAUCAGCCUAUGGAAACUUCAUUGAAGGUGGUUCAAAGUAAACCUGAAAUUAAAGUGCCAUCUGAGAGCGAGCUGGUGAGGAAACCUGAAAUUGAAAUGGAGGUUGCUCCUUCCAAAGCUCUAAAAGGAGUUGAACAAAGUCAACAAAAAGUGGAAUUGUCUAAGAAAACAUUGGAAAAGGAAAUCUUUUAUGAAACCGAGAACAAGUCUUAUAAGUCCGAAUACAGUAUGUUGAAACCAUCUGAAGUUAAAAUUCAAGAAACACUACCUGAAGAAAAACCUGCAGCUAAACCUCAAAAGAGAACAGAACUGGCCCCGGCUAGAGAUGUUGCGCCUUCCAAGAGAGUUUUAGAAGAGUUUUCAAAGACUCACCUUACAGUGGACAUAUCUAAGAAAACUGAUGAGAUCUCAUUGGUGGAGGCAGUGAUUUCAAAAGAAUACUCAUAUAAAAGUGACAGUCGUCCCAAAGAGACUCUAAAAGUAGCUAAAUUUAAUCUUGCAGAAGUGCCAUCUGAGAAAAAGCCAAUGGCAAAAACUCAAAAGCAGACAGAGAUUGGUCCUACCCGAGUCUAUACAGCUCCAAAGAGAGUUGAACAAACUUUACACACAGUGGACAGUUCUGCUGAAACUGAGAAGAUUACAGAAGUGGAGCAAGUGGAUUCAAGGGAACAUCUUUCAUACAAAGGUGUUGACAUUCUGUGUCAACCUGAAGAGAUUCAGGAGGUUUAUGUGGAAAAGAAGGUGGCUCAGGAUGAACAAGUAUUUAAACCAGAGGACUCGUUAAGGAAACAGAGUUUGCCAUCUACAGAAGCAGUAACCAAGGAAGAGAUUCCUGAAAUCAAGGCUAAACCAAAUAUACAAGUAAUGCAUUCAGAAACCAAGAAGUCGUCUGAGAUGUCUGGUGUUGUGAAGGAAAUUCCAGACUUGGUGCUCAAGAGUGAUGUGUCACAAACUAAGCCAGAAUUCGUUGAUAAAGUGGUGGCACCAAAAGAGGCUGUGUCUGCGAAAGUAAUACCCAAAGAAAAUGACAUUAAAAUUAAGAAAGAGCUUAAAAUGCCUGAAAGAGUGCCAGUUGUUGAGAAGAAGCCAACAUCUGAGGCACCAGAGCCAAAAGUGACAGCACAAAAAGUCUCUCCACCUCAAGAGCCAACUGUGGAGAAGAAGGCAACACUUGAGGCACCAAAGCCCACAGUGGUGCCAGUUGAGAAAAAAGUCUCUCCACCUCAAGAGCCAACUGUGGUUAAGAUGGCAACACCAGAGGCACCAAAGCCCACAGUGGAGCCAGUUGAGAAAAAAGUCUCUCCACCUCAAGAGCCAACUGUGGUGAAGAAGGCAACAGCUGAGGCACCAAAGCCCACAAUGCUGCCAGUUGAACAAAAAGUCUCUCCUGGUCCAGAGCGGCCUGUUGAGAAGAAGCCCACACCUGAGGCACCAACAGUAGCACCACUUGGACAAAAAGUCACUCCUCUUCAAGAGCCAACUGUGGUAAAGAAGACAACACCUGAGACACCAAAGCCAACAGUGGUGCCAACUGAACAGAAAGUCUCACCUUCUCCUCGAGAGCCGACUGUCGAACCAACACCAGACGCACCAAAGCCAGCAGUAACACCACGAGAAGUUCGUCCUCCUCAAGAGCCAACUGUGGUAAAGAAGGCAAUACUUGAAACACCAAAGCCAAUAGGAGUGCCACUUGAACAAAAAGUGUCUCCUCCUCUAGAACCACCUGUGGAGAAUAAGGCAACACAUGAGGCACCAAAGGCAACAGAGACACCAGUCGAGAAAACAGUUUCUCCUCCUCAAGAUCAUGGUCCUGUUCAAACUCCUGGACCAGUCCAGAAAGAACAAUAUCUUAAACCCAUUGAUGAACAAGAGAAACAGGAUAUGCCAGUCUUAAUAAAAGUUACUAGAAGAUCUAAAGACCAGGAGGAACAGCAUAAAGUUGUGGCAAAGGCUAAAAUCAGCAACACACAACGUGAAUGGCAAUCUAAAGAGCCAGGGGUGACCAUUCAGGAAACUGAAAAGGCUGAAAUCUUUGAGAAGGAUGAAAUAUACUCAAAGUCUUUGACUGAGGUUAAAAUUCUUAGUAGCUAUGAAGUAAAAGAGGAUGUGUGGGAACUUAAGACUGAUAAUAUAAAACAUCAGGAAAAGAAACAGGAAAAAUAUAUGAAAAUAAAAGAGCAGAGGCAUUCUGAACCUGAUACUGAAGUUCCAUGGGCAGACACCAAAGAGGAUUUCAAGAAGGACAAUAUGCCAAAAGAAGAGAGUCCUCAGACUCCAAGCCAAUCAAUCAAAAAAAUACCCAAGAUACCAUCAACUAAACAGGAAAAUGAAAAAGUAGUGCUGAAACCAGUUGAGAGAUCUGAUAAAUCAAAGGUUGUACCUAUGAAGAAAAAAGAAAUUACACCAACAGCUAAAAUGAUAGAAGAAGCAGUGGCACCAAAACCUGUGGUACUAGCAGCCAAAGGUGAACAUAAAGAGCCUGAGGCUUUACUCACAAAAACAAAAAGAGUUCCAACAGAGAAUGAUGAGGUGGAGAAAUGCUCUUAUAGAUCAUCAAAGGAUCAAGAGAGGUCAGAAAAAGAUGAAAAGCCAGAAAAGGAAGAUGAGGUCAGAAUUCAAGUAAAGAAGACAGAAAAAAGUCCAAAUGAAGAAGCAAAACCACUGAUAAUUAAAAAGGGUAGACACAUUGUAAAGGAAUAUGAAGAAAAAGAGGACAUAUCUCUAAAACCUUUGGCACAUAUAAAAAAGGAUGCCAAGCUUGAAAAGUUCUCACCAAAGGUUGAGAAACCUAAAGAAGAGACACCUUCUCUGACCACAGUAACCAAAGCAAAAGAAAGUCCAAAAGAAGAAUAUAAAACACCUGAUCUCAAAAAGAGUGGUUCUCUGCCAGGAACAAUAAUGGAAGAAGACAAAAUAUCUCUAAAACCUGUGGCACAUAUAAAAAAGGAUGCCAAGCUUGAAAAGAUCUCACCAAAGGUUGAGAAACCUAAAGAAGAGACACCUUCUCUGACUACAGUAACCAAAGCAAAAGAAAGUCCAAAAGAAGAAUGUAAAACACCUGAUCUCAAAAAGAGUGGUUCUCUGCCAGGAACAAUAAUGGAAGAAGACAAAAUAUCUCUAAAACCUGUGGCACAUAUAAAAAAGGAUGCCAAGCUUGAAAAGAUCUCACCAAAGGUUGAGAAACCUAAAGAAGAGACACCUUCUCUGACUACAGUAACCAAAGCAAAAGAAAGUCCAAAAGAAGAAUGUAAAACACCUGAUCUCAAAAAGAGUGGUUCUCUGCCAGGAACAAUAAUGGAAGAAGACAAAAUAUCUCUAAAACCUGUGGCACAUAUAAAAAAGGAUGCCAAGCUUGAAAAGAUCUCACCAAAGGUUGAGAAACCUAAAGAAGAGACACCUUCUCUGACUACAGUAACCAAAGCAAAAGAAAGUCCAAAAGAAGAAUGUAAAACACCUGAUCUCAAAAAGAGUGGUUCUCUGCCAGGAACAAUAAUGGAAGAAGAGAAAAUAUCACAAAAACCUGUGGCACAUAUAAAAAAGGAUGCCAAGCUUGAAAAGAUCUCACCAAAGGUUGAGAAACCUAAAGAAGAGACACCUUCUCUGACCACAGUAACCAAAGCAAAAGAAAGUCUAAAAGAAGAAUGUAAAACACCUGAUCUCAAAAAGAGUGGUUCUCUGCCAGGAACAAUAAUGGAAGAAGAGAAAAUAUCUCUAAAACAUGUUGAACUUCUCAAAAAGGGAGCAGAAGUGAAAAGGAUUCUCUCACCCAAAGCCGAACCCAUUCCACUGCAGAGAAAGUCCAGUGCAACCGUUCCUAAAAAAGCUUCACCUAAAGAUUUAAUAGCGUCUGUUACUCUGAACAAGGUCCCAAUCUCUUCCCAACUGAAAAAAGCAUCUCAGGAACAUCCUGAAAAAGAAAAAAUACCACUAAUAAAAGAGUUAUCUCCUGGAGCUGUGCAGCUACAAAAGAUCCCAACUCAGCAAGAAGAAGAAUUACUUGAAGAAGAAUUUGAAGCUGAGAAAGAGGAAGAAGAAGAAGAAGAAGAAGAAGAAACAUGGGGGUGGGAACUUGUUUCUUCUGAAAGUUAUGAAGCAGAAGAGUUUGAUACCACCUUAGAGGAUGGAGCCAUCGAAACUCCAGGAGGCACGGGUGACAAGAUAGAUGGAAAACCCAAGGAAGAGGGAGCAGUAGGCAGAGGCAGAGGGCUUAAACCACGCCAAACUCCAUCUCCUGGUGAUGCAGGACGUGGAAGAGGGCUCAGACCUGGUGGUGGAGGUGACAAACCUCCUGGAGAGUCACCAUUUGCUUUCCAGCUUAAGGCUGUUCCUCUCAAGUUUGUGAAAGAGAUUCAAGACAUUGUGUUGCUGGAGGCUGAGUCUAUCGGUUCCUCUGCUGUGUUUGAGUGCCAGAUUUCUCCUUCUACUGCUAUAACCUCAUGGAUGAAGGAUGGAAGUAACCUGAGGGAGGGUCCAAAGCACAAGUUUACUUCUGAUGGAAAAGAUCGAAAAUUGGCCAUUAUUGAUGUUCAGCUCUCUGACAGAGGGGAAUACACAUGCGUUGCCAAACUUGGAAAUAAAGAGAAGACCUCUACUGCCAGACUUAUUGUUGAAGAGCUACCUGUUAAAUUUAUCAAGACCCUAGAGGAGGAGGUGUCUGUGCUCAAGGGACAGCCCAUGUACUUAACCUGUGAGUUGAACAAAGACCGAAACGUGGUCUGGAAAAAGGACGGCAAUGAGCUCAAAUCAGUUGCUGGCAAGGUUGCCAUUAAUGUUAUUGGACUGCAACAUGCUGUGACAAUCCAGGAUGCAAAUGACGAUGAUACUGGUGUUUACACAUGCGAAUGUGAAAAUCUAAAAACUGAAACAACUGUGAAGGUUCUUGAAAUCAUCAGAGACUGGUUGGUGAAGCCACUGAGAGACCAGCAUGUGAAACCAAAGGCCACUGCUACCUUCAAGUGCGAGCUCUUCAAAGACACUCCCAACUGGAAAUGGUUCAAGGGAAAUGAAGAGAUUCCAAAUGAACCCACAGAUAAGACUGAAGUCAAGAAGGAUGGAAAAGAUAUUGUUCUGACCAUUAAGAAUGCGCAACCAAAUGAUGUUGGCGAGUAUGCCAUGGAAGUUGAGGGUAAACGUUACCCAGCAAAGCUCACACUUGGAGAGCGUGAAGCUGAGAUCUUGAAACCCAUUGCUAGUGUGGAAGUGGUUGAAAAAGAGGAGGCCAAGUUUGAUACUGAAAUCUCUGAAGAUGAUGUGCCCGGAGAAUGGAAACUUAAGGGGCAGGUUCUAACCAGAUCACCGACAUGUGAUAUCAAAGCUGAGGGAACGAAGCGCUUCCUUACUUUGAAAAAUGUUCAGCUUGAUCAGGCUGGUGAAGUUACAUACCAAGCUUUGAAUGCUGUGACAAGUGCUAUGCUUACAGUGAAAGAAAUGGAAAUGGAAUUCACUGUCCCAUUGAAAGAUGUUUCUGUGCCUGAAAAGAAACAGGCCAAAUUUGAGUGUGCAAUCAAUAAGGAUGUGCCUAAAGUGAUGUGGUUUAAGGGUUCUGAUGUUAUUACAUCUGGAAAUAAUUAUGAAAUUAUUGAUGAUGGAAAAAAACACAUUUUGAUAAUAAAUAAUUGUGAAUUUGAUGAUGAGGGAGAAUACACCAUUGAGGUGUUAGGCAAAACAUCAACAGCAAAACUAACGGUAGAGGGUAUGAGGCUGAAGUUCAUCUCAGAAUUAAAGGAUCAAACCGUAAAGGAAAGGAAAACAGCUCGGUUUGACAUUGAGCUCUCUCAUGAGAAUGUGCCAGUGACUUGGUACAAAAAUGAAAUUAGAUUGCAUCCAAGCAGAACAGUGAUAAUACAUGUUGAAGGGACAAAGCAUAUAUUAGAAAUCAAGGAAGUCACACUAGAUGAUACUUGUCAAAUAAGGGCAGAGGCUAAAGGAAUAUCAACAAAGGCUAAGCUUCUGGUUAUAGAGGGUGAUGCAAAAUUCAUUACCAAGUUGCAAGACUGCACUGUUGUCGAGAAAGAGGAGGUCACUCUAGACUGCGAGCUAAGCAAAGAUGUUCCUGUCAAGUGGUUCCAUAAUGAGAUCGAAAUUAAGGCCUCAAAGAUGGUUUCCAUUAAGGUUGAGGGUAAACGAAGAAUCCUCAGCAUUAAAAAAACGCAGCAGAAAGACAAAGGAGUGUAUGUAUGUGACUGUGCAACGGACAAGACAUCAGCCAAUGUUAACAUCGAAGCUCGUGACGUGAAGGUGGUCCGGCCUAUGUACGGAGUUGAAGUGUUCGAUGGUGAGACUGCGCGUUUUGAAGUUGAAAUCUCUGAGGAUGAUAUACCUGGCCAAUGGAAACUGAAGGAUGAAGUCCUCACUCCUUCAGCUGAUGUUGAGAUCAUUGAUGAUGGUGCAAAACACAUAUUGACACUGUACAACUGCAAAGUUAUCCAGACAGGAGAGGUCGUUUUCCAGGGAGCAAAUGCUAAGUGUGCUGCAAACCUUAAAGUAAAAGAACUACCCAUCACGUUCCUAACGCCUUUGAGUGAUGUAAAAGUAUAUGAGAAAGAUGAGGCAAGAUUUGAAUGUGAACUGUCAAGGGAAGCAAAGACCUUCCGAUGGCUGAAGGGCUCUCAAGAGUUGAAGGCAGAUGACAAAUUUGACAUUCUGACAGAGGGAAAAAGGCACACCCUUAUUCUCAAAUCGGCUGCCUAUGAAGAUGAGGCUAAAUACAUGUUGGAAGUUGAGGACAAGAGAACCUCUGCCAAACUGGUCAUACAAGGUAUUCGCCUUGAGUUUGUCAGACCCAUCAAGGAUGUUACUGUAAAGGAGCGUGAGACAGCAGAAUUCAGUGUUGAACUUUCUCAUGAGAAAAUUCAAGUAAGCUGGUACAAAAAUGAUGUCCGUUUGCAUCCAAGCAAAGUGGUGCAUGUGUCUGAACAUGGAAAGAUCCACACGCUAUCCUUCAAGGAGGUGUCUAUUGAUGAUACCUCACUCAUUAAAGUAGAGGCUCUUGGAAAGACUUCAGAGGCCAUGCUUACAGUGCUUGAGGGAGAAGCUUACUUCAUUACCAAACUACAGGACUACACAGCAGUCGAGAAGGAUGAGGUUGUGCUGAAGUGUGAACUGAGCAAAUCCUCUGCUGAGGUGAAGUGGUUUAAAGAUGGCACAGAGAUUAUCCCAUCUAAGAAUAUCCUUAUCAAAGCUGAUGGAAAGAAACGCAUUCUGAUUUUGAGGAAAGCAGAGAAGGCCAACAUUGGCGAAUAUGUCUGUGACUGUGGUUCUGACAAAACUACAGCUAAGCUGAACAUUGAAGAGCGGGAUAUUAAGGUUAUCCGUCCACUGUACAGUGUAGAGGUUACAGAGACUAGUACCGCUCGAUUUGAGGUAGAGAUUUCAGAAGAUGAUGUCCAUGGGAACUGGAAACUCAAAGGAGAGGCUUUGCACCAGUCUGCUGACUGUGAGAUUAAAGAAGAAGGCACCAAACACAUGCUGAUUCUCUAUAAUGUACGUAUGGACAUGGCUGGUGCUGUGGACUUCAGUGCUGCCAAUGCUAAAUCAAGUGCUCAUCUCAGAGUUAAAGCUCGGACAAUAAGCCUUCUGCGGCCUCUUCGGGAUAUCACAGUUAUUGCUGGAGAAACCGCAACUUUUGAGUGUGAGCUUUCAUAUGAGGGCAUUGUAGCUGAAUGGUUCAUUGGAACAACGAAAGUGGAGACAUGUGAAACAGUGGUAACCAGAGCAGAGGGAAGAGUGCACAGCUUGACUCUGAGAAACGUCGAGAUGACACAUGCUGGUGCUGUGAAGAUAAUGGCAAAGGACUUUCAGGCCCAGGCCAUGCUUACAGUGAAUGAGCCACCUGUUGAGUUUACCAAGCCCUUGGAGGACCAGACUGUUGAAGAGGAGGCAACUGCUAUUCUUGAGUGUGAACUCUCCAGAGAUAAAGCUGAUGUCAAAUGGUUCCGAGAUGGACAGGAAAUUCACAAAACAAAGAAAUAUGAAAUGGUGGCUGAAGGCCGCAUAAGGAAGCUGAUAAUCAAAGACUGUACUCUUGAUGACUCCAAAAUAUAUACAUGUGAUGCCGAACACUUUAAGACCUCAGCUUUCUUGAGUGUUGAGCCUCCACAUAUUGAGUUCACUAAGCCUCUUCAUGAUGUUGAGGUCAGGGAGAAGGAGUCUGCUAAGUUUGAAUGUGAAGUUUCCCGUGAAAGUGCCAAGGUCCGCUGGUACAAAGAUGGCAUUGAAAUUAGAAAGGGCAAAAAGUAUGAGAUUAUUUCCAAGGGAGUGCAGCGUAUUCUCAUCAUUAGCAAGGCAGUCUUUGAUGAUGAAGCUGAAUAUGAAUGCGAUGCAAGAACAUCCAAAUCUUCUGGCAUGCUUACUGUUGUUGAGGAAGAGGCUAGAUUCACAAAGAACAUGGCUAAUGUUGAAGGCACUGAAACUGAGAGUAUUAAACUGAUCUGUGAGGUCUCCAAGUCCAGUGCAGAGGUUACAUGGUAUAAAGGUGACCAGGAAUUGCCUGAGGGUGGUAGAUACGAACAAAUUGCAGAUGGCAAAAAGAGAAUCCUUAUUAUCCAAGGCCUUCGUAUGGAGGAUGCUGGAGAAUACAACUGCAGAUUGGCCAAUUCACAGACUACAGCGACACUAAAGAUCAAUGAAUUGGCAGCUGAGUUUAUUGCCAGGCCCCAGAGCCAGGAGGUGGUAGAGGGUGAAAAGGCACAAUUUGUGUGCUCAGUAUCCAAAGAGACCCAUGAAGUUAAAUGGUUCAGAGGUGACAAUGAGCUACAGACUGGGGACAAGUAUGAGAUUGUUAGUGACGGCAAGAAGAGAGCUCUCAUUGUUAAAAACUGUGAGUUGAAGGAUGGAGGUGCCUUUAUUGCCUGCAUUGGCUCUGUCAAGGCUUCUGCAGACUUACAUGUGAUUGAAAAACUGAGGAUCAUAACUCCUAUAAAAGACACCCAAAUGAAGGAAGGACAAGAAAUUGUUCUUAAUUGUGAAGUUAAUUCAGAGGGAGCUAAGGCCAAGUGGCUGAAGGAGAAUGAGACUAUGUUUGAAAGCAGCAAGUUCGUCAUGGUACAAAGAGACACUAUUUUCUCACUGAGGAUCAAAGCUGCAGACAAGUCUGAUGAGGCUACCUACACCAUUACACUGAUCAACCAGCGUGGUGAACAAGCCAAAUGCUCUGGAAAAGUCACUGUAAUAGAGGAAGAGCUCCGUAUCAUAGACCCUCUUGAGGACUGUGAAACUGAGGAGAAGAAGACAAUCAGCUUCACUUGCAAAGUGAACAGACCAAAUGUGACUGUACAAUGGAUGAAGGGAGGACAGGAAAUCACCUUCAGCAAACACAUUGUUUACCGGGUGGACAAUAAUAAGCACACUUUGACCAUCAAAGAUUGCACCAUGGAUGAUGAGGGUGAAUACACUGCAGUUGCUGGCACUGACAAGUCUUCAGCUGAACUGAUCAUCAGUGAGGCACCAACUGACUUCACCACCCAACUCAGAGACCAGACUGUUACUGAAUUUGAGGAUGCAGAGUUUAUUUGCAAGGUUUCUAAAGAGAAGGCCACUGCUAAAUGGUACAAAAAUGGCCGUGAAAUCAGAGAAGGACCAAGAUAUCACAUGGAAAAGGAUGGAAAGACAUGCACAUUGUACAUUAAGGAAUGCAGACCUGAUGAUGAAUGUGAAUAUGCCUGUGGAGUUGAUGACAAAAGAUCCAGGGCUCGUCUCUUUGUUGAAGAGACCCCAGUGGAAAUUGUCAGACCCCCAAAAGAUAUAUUUGAGGCGCCAGGAUCAGAUAUUGUAUUUGAGGUUGAGCUGAACAAAGACAGGGUUGAUGUUAAAUGGAUGAGGAACAACAUGAUCAUUGUCCAAGGUGACAAAUACCAGAUGAUCAGUGAGGGCAAAGUUCACCGACUUCAGAUUUGUGAGAUCAGGCCUCGCGAUCAGGGGGAGUACAGAGUUGUCGCCAAGGAUAAAGAUGCAAGAGCCAAACUUGAGCUUGCAGCUGUACCAAAAAUCAAGACCACAGACCAGAAUCUUGUAACAGAUGCUGGAAAGCCCUUCAUGAUGACAGUUCCCUAUGAUGCUUACCCUCGUGCAGAGGUUGAAUGGUUCUUCAAUGACACCAGUCUUCCAAUGCAAAACAUAGACACAUCCACUGACAAGACAGAGUACAGGUUAAAGGAUCCUAAGAAGUCAGACCAGGGCCGUUAUAAAAUUGUCAUCAAGAAUAAGCAUGGACAGGGAGAGGCUUUCAUCAAUCUGGAUGUUAUUGAUGUUCCUGGGCCUGUGAAGAAUUUGAGAGUUGUUGACACUGCUGAUGGUGAGGUCAGUUUGGCCUGGGAUGAGCCUGAGAGUGAUGGUGGCAGCAAGAUUUUGGCCUACGUGGUUGAGAGACGUGAUGUUAAGCGCAAGGCCUGGACAUUGGCCACUGACCGUGCUGAUAUUCCAGAGUACUGUGUUGGUGGAUUGCAGAAAGACAACUUGUACUUCUUCCGUGUGUGUGCUCGUAACAGAGUUGGCAAUGGAGAACCUGUCUGUACGGAUGAAGCUGUCCAAGCCAAGAAUAAAUUUGAUGUUCCUGAUGCACCGCAGAAUGUCAUGGUAGGAAUUGUCAACAGAUUUGGUGCCACAGUGACUUGGCAACCACCCCUGUUUGAUGGUGGAGCUGAGAUCACAUCUUAUAUAAUUGAGCUCCGUGAUAGGACGUCUGUGAAAUGGGAGCCUGCAAUGGUGGUCCGGGCUGAGGAUCGCACAGCCACACUGAAUGAUGUUGUUGAGAAUAAGGAAUACAUCUUCCGUGUUAGAGCUGAGAAUAAAGCUGGAAUUGGCAAGCCAAGUGCUGCCACUGAUCCUGUCAAGAUCAUGGAUCCCAUUGAGAAACCAAGCCCACCAUUGAAUUUCAACUACACACAUCCAAAAAGGGAUUCUGUUCAGCUGGCAUGGGACAUUCCACUUAGCAAUGGAGGUAGUAUGAUCACAGGAUACAUCAUUGAGAAAUGUGAAGAUGGCACAAGCAAUUGGCUAAGGUGCAAUGCCAGGCUCUGCCCAGACCUUUAUUAUAGGGUAUCUGGUUUGAAGUUUGGUCAGAAGUAUCACUACAGAGUAUCUGCAGAAAAUGCAGCUGGAGUUUCUGAUCCAGCUGAACAGAUUGGCCCACUCUUGGCAGAUGACCCACAUGUUGGUCCCACAAUGGAUCUGAGUGGAUUCAAAAAUGGCCUAGAAGUUUUUGUCCCCAAUGCUCUUACUAUUCGUGUGCCCAUCACUGGAUACCCCACACCCAAGGCGAAGUGGAUGUUUGGUGAUAAGGAGCUUACUCCUGGAGAUCGCAUCUCUAUGGUUACAAAACCUACCUACACUGAGCUAAUCAUUACCCCAAGUGUCCGUCCAGACAAGGGAACAUACACCUUACAGCUAGAGAAUGAUGUGACUUUAAUCUCUGGGGAGAUUGAAGUAAAUGUCAUUGCAUCUCCAAGUGCACCCAAAGAUUUCAAGGUUGUAGAGGUUUCCAGGCAUCAUGUCCACCUUUCGUGGGAAGCACCAGAGCAUGAUGGAGGAAGUCCUGUUACUGGUUAUAAUAUUGAGAAGAGAGAGGUGUCUCGCAAGACAUGGGUCAAGGUGAUAUCUGGUGUGCAGGACCUUGAGCACACUGUGACCGAUGUGAUUGAGGGCAAGGAGUACUUGUUCAGUGUAAUAGCUUGCAACAAAUGUGGUCCUGGGGAACCAGCAUAUAUUGAUGAGGCAGUGAAUGUUUCCUCUCCAGCCACUGUGCCAGAACCACCAGAGAAUCUGAAAUGGAGAGACAAAUCUGCAAAGGGUAUCUUCCUGUACUGGGAGCCCCCUUCAUAUGAUGGCGGCACUCCUAUCAAGGGCUACAUUGUUGAUAAAUGCCAGCGUGGCACUGACAAAUGGGAAGCCUGUGGCGAUCCAAUGCCUGAACUGAAAUUUCAGGUGAAAGGUCUUAUUGAGGGACAGUGGUAUGCCUAUCGUGUGAGGGCAGUGAACAGACUUGGAGCUAGCAGACCAUGUAAAGCAACAGAUGAGAUCCUUGCUGUUGAUCCUAAAGAACCUCCAGUAAUUCAGCUGGAUGCCAAACUUCUGGCUGGCUUGACUGCCAAGGCUGGCACAAAGAUCGACCUUCCAGCAGAUGUGCUUGGAAAACCAGACCCCAGGGUGAAAUGGACCAAAGCUGACCUUAUCCUUAGGCCAGAUGACAGAAUCAACAUUGACACAAAGCCUGGCCACUCUACACUCUCUAUUGCUAAGACAACCAGGGCAGACACAGCUACUUAUAUCAUUGAGGCAGUCAACACCUGUGGUCGUGCUACUGCAACAGUUGAUGUCAACAUUCUCGAUAAGCCUGGUCCCCCAGCUGCUUUUGAUAUUUCUGACAUUACCAAUGAGUCCUGUUGUCUGGCUUGGAAUGCCCCCAGAGAUGAUGGUGGAUCUCCUGUAACCAACUACAUUGUGGAAAUGAGACCUUUGGAAAAGGAGGAGUGGCAGAAGCUCUCUGCAACUGUCAAGCAGACCACUUUCAAGGCCUGCAAACUGGUGUCUUUGAAGGAGUAUGUUUUCAGGGUAUCUGCUGAGAACCAAUAUGGCAUUGGUACCCCCACAGAGCAUGCUCCGAUUGUUGCCAAGUAUCCAUUUGAGCCUCCUGGUUCCCCAAGCAGGGUGCAGCCCUCUGAUAUCUCAAAGGAUGCUGUAACUUUGACCUGGUAUGAGCCUGAUGAGGAUGGUGGAAGUCCAAUCACUGGCUACUGGGUAGAGAGGUUUGAUCCAGAAAGUGACAAAUGGAUCAAAUGCAACAAGCUGCCAAUCAGAGACACUACACUCAGAGUAAAAGGUCUGGCCACAAAGAAAAAGUACAAAUUCCGUAUUCUGGCUGAGAACCUUGCAGGAGCAGGAAAACCAAGUAUUGAAACAGAUCCCAUCUUGAUUAAGGAUCCAAUUGAUCCUCCAUGGGCCCCUGGCAAACCAUACAUCAAAGACAUCGCUAAUACCUCUGCAUUCCUGCAAUGGACUAGACCAGAGCAUGAUGGUGGUGCUAAAAUUGAGUCUUAUAUCAUUGAGCUCCUCAAGAGUGGAACUGAAGAAUGGGUUCGUGUUGCUGAGGAUGUGCCUAUGACAGAGCACUUGCUGAAGGGACUGAUGGAGAAGCAGGAAUACUCCUUCCGUGUCAAAGCUGUAAAUGUUGCUGGAGAGAGUGAGCCAAGUGAGCCAACUGACCCUGUAGUGUGCAAAGACAGACACUAUCCUCCAUCUCCACCACGGUGGCUUGAAGUGGUUAACAUUUCAAAGAUUGACUGUGAACUGAAAUGGACUGAACCAGAAAAUGAUGGUGGUUCUCCUGUUACCAACUAUGUUGUUGAGAAAAGAGAUGUAAGACGCUGGACCUGGCAGACUGUGGACACUACGGUGAAAGACACAAAAUAUACUGUCACUCCACUCAAUGAGGGCACUCUAUAUGUGUUCCGUGUGGCAGCUGAGAACGCUGUGGGCGUGAGUGAAUUCCAUGAGCUAGAGGAUUCUGUUCUAGCAAAAGAUACUUUUACAACUCCUGGACCUCCUUAUGCUUUGACUGUGGUUGGGGUAUCCAAGAGGCAUACUGACCUGAAAUGGGAGCCUCCCAAAAGUGAUGGUGGACGACCAAUCACAAAAUAUGUUAUUGAGAAGAAGGAGAAAGUGGGCACCCGCUGGAUAAAGUCUGGAAAGACAUCAGGGCCCGAAAGCAAGUAUAGGGUGACUGAUGUUGAUGAGGGUACUGAGGUACAGUUCCAGGUCCGUGCUGAAAACGAAGCUGGAGUUGGCGAGCCAAGUGAACCCACAGACAUUAUUACAAUUGAGGAUCCUAUAAGCCCACCAUCUCCUCCAAUUGAAGUUAAGAUUGUUGAUGCCAGCAGAGAGCACAUCAACAUCACAUGGAGUGCACCAGAGAAAAAUGGAGGAAGUCCCAUUACUGGAUAUCAUGUUGAGCUGACUGAGGCUGACACAGAUAAAUGGAUGAGGAUCAAUGCUCGUCCCAUAAAAGAGCUCAGAUUCAAGGCUGAAGAUGGCAUUAUUCCUGAGAAACAAUAUGUUCUCAGAGUUCGUGCUAUCAAUGCAGUUGGUGUCAGUGAUCCAUCUGAAAUCUCAGACAAAGUCUUUGCUAAAGAUCCAGACAGUGCACCAAAAAUUGAUUUGGAGACCCAAGAUAUUGUUAUUAUUGAGGGUGAGAAGAUGUAUCUAAAGAUCCCAUACAGGGCAAUUCCCAUGCCAUCAAUGGUUUGGAAGAAGGGUGAGGCAGAACUAAAGGCAGAUGACAGGCUGACUAUGAGAUGUGAACUAAACACUAUUCACCUUGAGCUUCUAAAAUGCAAGCAUGAAGAUGCUGGUGUCUACACAGUCACUCUAGAAAACAGUCUGGGUUCAGUUACUGGAACAAUUAAUGUUAAAGUGAUUGGUCUGCCAGGACAAUGCAAGAGCAUUUCUCCAAGUGAAGUCACCAAGAGCUCCUGUCAAAUCUCAUGGGAGCCCCCAGAAAGUGAUGGUGGUAGCCCCAUUUUGCACUAUGUACUGGAGCGCAGAGAGUCUCAGAAGAAGACAUUCAUGCCGGUGAUGCCUGGAGUCAAUGUAUUAACAUUUGUGGUCAAAGACCUUAUGUUGAAUGGUGAAUAUUACUUCAGAGUUAAGGCUGUUAACAGAAUUGGUAGUGGUGAAUAUCUUGAGCUUCGCAACCCUGUCAUCACAGAGGAGCAGAAGCAGCGGCCUGACCCACCAGUUGAUGUUGAGGGACAUAACCCUACCGCUCAGUCUAUUACAAUCACUUGGAAAGCACCACAAUAUGAUGGUGGCUGUCCAAUUACUGGGUAUAUUCUGGAGAAAAUUGAGAAGGAUGGUGAUAGAUUUAUGAGAUGUGUUCCAAACCUGGUGCCUGGUUUCUCCUAUACCAUCACUGGCUUGACAGAAGGCAAGGAAUAUCAGUUCCGUGUUCGUGCAGAGAAUGUGGCUGGAGAAAGUGAACCUUCCCGCAGCACUCCCCUAAUUAAGGCUGCAGAUCCUGUUGAUCCACCAAAGGUAUCACUACAUGCACACAUUGUAUCUGGCCUGACCAUCAGGAAGGGUGAGGAGAUUAGAGUGGAUGCCCACAUUUCUGGAUCGCCAUAUCCCACUGUGACAUGGUUCAGGAAUGAUGAGAAUGUCCAGAAGAUUGUCAAGAAGAAGCCAGAAUUCACUGUGAAAAAGAAAAAGAAAACCAAGGCUAUUUAUCCUGAACCAGAGGAGGUGUUCCAUCCUCCGCUUCUUGAUCGUCUGUCAUUUGACCAGAGCAAAAGAGGAGAGACUGCCUUGAUGGUGCGUGAUGCCAUCAGAGAUGAUCAUGGACUUUUCACCAUCAGAGUUGAAAAUACCCAUGGUUUUGCAACUGCAGCUUGUGUUGUCAAUGUUCUUGAUAAGCCUGGACCACCUGUAAACUUUGGAUUUGAUGAGCUCAGGAAAAACUCUGUCAUUUGCACAUGGGAUGCACCACUUGAUGAUGGUGGCAGUGAAAUCAUCAACUAUAUCCUGGAGAAAAAAGACAACACCACAGAUGAAAUUGGUUGGGUUACUGUUACCUCAACCCAUAAAGGAUACAACUAUCCUGUAACCAAACUCAUUGAAGGAAAAGAGUAUAUUUUCAGAGUGACAGCUGAAAACAAAUUUGGCUGUGGACCACCAUGCUAUUCUGAGCCACUUGUUGCAAAGAAUCAGUUUGAUCCUCCUGAUGCUCCUAACAUGCCAAGAAUUGGUGAAGUUACUGCCAGCAGUGUUGCUUUAUCUUGGCAUGAACCUAAGGACAAUGGCAGUCCUAUCUUGGGCUACUGGAUUGAGAGACGUGAGGUCAAUAGCAAGUACUGGACCAGAGUGAACCGCAAUCUUCUCAACUCCCUGGCACUCAAGGUUGAGGGCCUUAUGGAAGGCCUGGUUUAUGUCUUCAGAGUUUGUGCUGAGAAUCUUGCUGGCCCUGGAGAAUUCAGUGCCCCAACUGAUCCGGUAGUUGUAAUGGAUCCAAUCUUGCCUCCGGGUCCUCCUGUGCCAAGAAUUGUUGAUACUACAAAUACAACAGUUGAAAUUGCCUGGAUUCCUCCAUUGUACAAUGGUGGUGGAGAUAUUCUUGGAUAUCAUGUUGAGCGUUGCCUUGUUGGGGAGAAAGAAUGGAUUCGCAGCACUGAGUUCAGAUGCAAGGAGUGCAAGUACACCUUGACUGGACUGACCGAGGGAGCAGAUUAUUACAUUCGUGUGUUUGCUGUAAAUGAAGCUGGUCAUGGAGUCCCAGGAAUGACUGAACCAGUUCAAGUGAAAGAGCCUGAACAGGCUCCAGGAAUUGAGUUUGAUAUCUCUGUAAGGAAUGGAGUAAUUAUAAAAGCUGGAGAGACUCUGCGUAUACCAGCUUAUGUUGUUGGCAGACCCACACCAGAGGUGAAAUGGACAAAAGAUGAUGCUGAACCUGACAAAGAACGUGUUACCAUUGAAACCAUUGGAAAAUGCAGCACUGUAAACAUCAAGAAUGCUCUGAGAACUGACCAUGGCAAAUAUGAGAUCACAGGAACCAACUCUAGUGGAACAAAAUCUGCUUUUAUCAAGGUUGAUGUUAUGGAUGUUCCUGGCCCAGUGGUUGAUCUAAAAACAGUCCAUGUCAGCAAGAAGAUGAUCUCAAUUACUUGGUCUGAUCCUGUUGAUAAUGGUGGAAGUGAGAUCAUGGGAUAUGUUGUUGAGAGAAAAGAUGCCAAGAGGCACAUAUAUAGGCAACCACUGGAAACUGCUUCAUGCAAAUGUGACAUUGUUGGCCUCCUUGAUGGUGAAGAAUAUAUGUUCAGAGUGGUUGCGAGAAACAAGUUUGGCCUCGGUGUCCCUGUUGAACUUGGACCUGUCCUAGCUGUGGAUCCUAAAGGUGUACCAUCUGCACCAGAGAAGCUCCGCUACACUGAACGGACCAAGAACACUGUUACACUUACUUGGCAGCCUCCUCGCAGCGAUGGUGGUUCUCCCAUCAGAGGCUAUUAUGUUGAAAAGAUGCGACAAGACAGUGAUGAAUUUGAUGUUGCCAAUCGUCAGAUCAGCAAAGAUCUUACAAUUACACUAGACAAUCUGAAUGAGAACAUGAUGUAUGACUUCAGAGUGAAGGCUGUCAAUGAGGUUGGGGAUGGUGAACCAUCCAAACCAAUAAAUGUUCAUAUUCAAGAUGAUGAGUUUGCCCCAACUGUGAACUUGUUGAAGAGCAUUAAGAGCAAUACCAUAACUGUCAAAAAAGGAGCAGCCAUUGAAAUCCCUGCUGAAAUUGCUGGUCUGCCAUUGCCCACCUUCGAGUGGACAAAGAAUGGAGUUGUUCUUGAAAAAACAACUGAGACCAUGACACUUGAAUCUGAGGAGAUUGACAGACAAACUAUCAAAACCAAUAUUGCCAUUCCAGAAACUGUAAGACAAGACACAGGCCUAUACAAACUAGUUGCCACAAAUAUUCACGGGAAGGGCCAACAAACGAUCAGAGUUGAUAUUUUAGAUCGCCCCUCACCACCACGAAAUGUUGUGGUCUCUGAUGUUAAGGCUGAGUCUUGCUACCUCACUUGGGAUGCUCCAGAGGACAAUGGAGGAAGUGACCUUACCAAUUAUAUUAUUGAAAAGAGGGAUGCCAGCAAGAAGAAAUCGGACUGGGAACAGUUGACAUGUUGUAUUAUGGACAGACGUUAUGGGGUGUACAAGCUUGAUACCUAUGGCACUUACCAGUUCCAGAUAAAAGCAGAGAACAAGUUUGGAGUCAGUGAUGGGUGUGAAUCAGAGAAAGUUGUCCUCAGGGAUCCAUAUGGUCUUCCUGGUCCACCCCAGAGACCAAGAAUCAUUGAAAAUACUCGUUCAUCUAUGCUUGUAGCUUGGGAUCCUCCAAAGGACAAUGGUGGCUCAACCAUUCAGGGCUACUGGCUUGAAAAGAGAGAGAGAGGAGCUGUAUACUGGAGUCGAGUCAAUAGGGCUUCUAUAACAAAGCCAGCUGUUAAAAGCUUAGAGUAUAAUGUUCUGCAUCUCAUUGAAGGUAUUGAGUACCAGUUCCGUGUGAUGGCACAAAAUGCUGCUGGCAUUGGACCCCCAAGUGAGGCAACAGAAUGUGUGUUUGCCUUGGAUCCAAGAAAUCCACCAAGCCAGCCACCUGCCCCGCAACUGAAAGACAAGACAUCAAGCAGUGUAUCUCUAGCCUGGGCUCCACCAGAUAAGGAUGGUGGAAGCCCCAUUAAAGGUUAUAUUGUUGAGGUUCAAGAUGAAGGCUCAGAAGAGUGGAGAAGAGUGAACCAACCUGAUAAGCUCAUUCUCAGUACGUCUUACACUGUGCCAGAUCUAAAAGAGAACAAGAAAUGUCGAUUCAGGAUUGUUGCCGUUAAUGCUGCUGGUGAGUCAGAGCCAAGUCCCAGGACUUCUGACAUCGUGGUACAAGAUAUCCUGGAGAAACCCAUUAUUACGAUAGGCGUCUCAGCUCAUGACCUGCUUUCUUGUCAUGCUGGAACAACAAUUAAAAUCCCUGCCACCAUAUCAGGCAGACCUGUUCCAACAGUCAAAUGGGAAUUCGAUGGAACUGCCCCAACAGAGAAGAAGAAUGAACAGCACACUCUUCCAGUGGAUUCAAAGAUCUCAUUGACUGAUACCACAACAGAAGUAACUAUCCCUGAGUGUAAGAUCAAUCACUCUGGACAGUACAUAAUUACUGCUUCUAAUCAAGCUGGUACUAAAGUGGUUAAAGUCCGUGUAACAGUACUUGAUUUGCCUGGGCCUCCAAAAGAUCUCAAAAUCACUGACAUCACAAGAAGUACAUGCAGACUUACAUGGAAGCCUCCAGAUAAUGAUGGUGGUGAGAAAAUCAAGAGCUACUACAUUGAGAAGAAGACAGUUGAAGGAAAAGCCUGGACAAAGGUCAACCCAGCCUGUGCUAGUCAGUCCUUGGUAGUCCCAGACCUUGUUGAGGGACAAGACUACUUGUUCCGUAUUCGGGCUGAGAAUCGCUUUGGUAUAGGACCUGCUCUGGAAACCUUCCAAAGGACAAGAGCAAAGGAUCCCAUCCAUCCUCCUGAUGCACCCACAAGAGUCAAAAUUGUUGAUGUAUCCAAGGGGACAGUGACUUUGACGUGGAAGCCACCCAGAAAUGAUGGUGGAUCCCCUGUAACUCACUACAUUGUUGAAAGACUUUGGUGGGAUUCUAGUGGAGAGCAGCGAGAGUCCUGGAGACAGUGCAAUAGACGUGACAUUGAUACUACAACCUUCAAAGUGGAGGACCUCCAUGACGGUGCUGAGUAUGAAUUCCGUGUCAAGGCUGUAAAUGAGGCUGGUGCAAGUAGACCAUCUUCUACUGCGGGACCUGUCAUCGUUAAGGACCAGACAAGGGCACCUUCUAUUGAGCUUGAAGAGUUCAUGGAAGUUGAGCAGGCUACAGAUAUUAACAUUGUCGCUAAGAUCAAGGGAUGUCCAUUCCCCACCCUUACCUGGCAGAAGGCCCCACCCCACAAAAGUGAUGCCAAAGUUGAUAUUGAAUAUGAUGAACAUAUCAAUAAGCUUGUGACUGAUGAUAGCUGCACUCUGCAGAUUCAGCAGGGCAAGCGCUUAGACACUGGUCUCUAUACACUCACUGCCAGCAACAGCUUAGGCAAGGUCUCCAAAGAGAUGAGACUUAAUGUUCUAGGACUUCCGGGACCUCCUUCUGCACCAAUCAAGUUUGAGGAGAUUCAUGCUCAAAAUAUUACUCUGUCAUGGCUACCUCCUAUAGAUGAUGGUGGCUCCAAAAUCACUAACUACACCAUAGAGAGACGUGUUGCCAAUAGAAAAACAUGGAUUCCUGUCCCAGGUGCGCCCAAAGAGCGCAUGUUCACAAUUGAGGGUCUAAUGCCCGGCCAUGAGUAUGUGUUCCGCAUCAGGGCACAGAAUAAAUAUGGAGUUGGUGAACCUCUUGACAGUGAACCAGAGAUUGCUAGAGAUAUUUUCACUAUUCCUGGCCAGUGUGAGAAACCAACCCUAUCAAGCAUUACAAUGGAUACAAUGACUAUAAACUGGGAAGAGCCAGAUACAGAUGGUGGUAGUCCAAUUACUGGGUACUGGCUUGAGCGAAAAGAGACUACAUCAAAACGCUGGAACAGAGUCACCCGUGAUCCAAUCAGGCCAAUGCCUUUUGGUGUUUCUUACAAAGUCACAGGACUCAUUGAAGGCUCUCAGUACCUGUUCCGUGUGACUGCAAUCAAUGCAGCUGGAUGUGGACCCCCAAGUUUACCGUCUGACCCGACAUUUGCCAGAGAUCCAAUUGCUCCUCCUUCACCUCCAACCCCCAAAGUUACUGAUUGGACAAAGACAACAGUUGACUUGGAAUGGAUUCCACCUCUAAAAGAUGGAGGCUCAAAGAUCAUGGGUUACUAUAUUGAAUACAAAGAGGAAGGCACAGAGGCAUGGGUUAAGGCCAAAGAAAAAGAAGUCAGAGGAACCAAAUUUGUAAUCACUGGGCUGAAAGAGAAUGGGUUUUACAAGUUUAGGGUUUUGGCAUUCAAUGCUGCUGGGUUAAGUGAACCAGGAGAAGUUGCUGAAGUUCUUGAAAUGAAGGAAAAAUUAAUUGCCCCAGGACUUGAAAUGGAUGUGUCAAUGAAAGAGAGGAUUGUUAUUCAUGCAGGUGGUGUGAUUCGUAUCAUAGCAUAUGUGUCAGGCCAGCCUGCACCUAACAUCACAUGGAACAGAGAUGGUGGAGUUGUCCCACCAGAGGCAGUUGUUGAGACCACAUCAAUCAGCACUUCAUUAGUAAUUAAGAAUUGCACUAGAAGUCAAAAAGGUGUUUAUAGCUUAACAGCAAAAAAUGCUGGAGGAGAGGUGAAGAGGACUGUCAUUGUUGAUGUUCUUGAUGUUCCUGGUCCAGUUGGUAUACCUUUUACAGCAGAUAAUCUUAGUACUGACUCAUGCAAAUUGACAUGGUUCUUCCCAGAGGAUGACGGCGGUUCUCCUAUAUCUAACUACAUAAUAGAGAAACGUGAAGCUGAACGUAAAGCUUGGACAGCAUGCUCAUAUAAUGCCGCUAGGCAAAAUGCUGUGGUUAAUAAUCUCGUUUUAGGAAAAGGAUACUUCUUCAGAGUUGCAGCUGAAAAUGCAGUUGGAGUUGGUCCAUUCCGUGAAACUGCAUGUGAAAUUAUCAUCAGGGAGCGUUUAAGUGCACCAGACCGUCCAGAGGAAGUUGAGGUCACUGCUGUCACUAAAGAUUAUAUUAGUGUAACAUGGAAGCCACCAAAAAAUGAUGGCGGUUGUGAGGUGACUUCCUACAUUCUAGAGGCACGCAUGAUUGGCAAGGACAAGUUUAUGAGAUUGACUAAAGAGAAGUUGAUGGACAGGAGAUUCACCUUUGAUUGUCUCCGGGAGGGUGACAGCUAUGAAUUCCGUGUGAGUGCAGUCAACGAGAUUGGUCAGGGCAAGCCGUCCUUCUGCACCAAAGCAAUCACAUGCAGAGAUGAGCUUGAACCCCCAACAAUUGAAAUAGACUUCCGUGACAAAGUUAUUGCUCGUGUCGGAGAAAGUUUUGCUCUGCAAGGGCGGUACUCAGGCAAGCCAUCCCCUUCUGUUACAUGGUCAAGAGAUGAUGAGGAGCUGAAGGCAGAUCAACAUGUUCAGUUCAUGAAAACACCAACCACCAUGUGCCUUGGCAUUAUCAAGGCUCAGCGUGAACACAGCGGCAGAUAUUGUGUUACAGUUGAAAACUGUACUGGGGCCCGCAAAGGCAUUUGCAAUGUCACUAUAGUUGACCGUCCAUUGCCACCUGAAGGUCCAGUUAUAUUUGACGAAGUUCAUAGAGAUCAUAUGGUAAUUUCUUGGAAGCCUCCUCUUGAUGAUGGUGGAUGCGAAAUUUCCAACUAUGUAAUUGAGAAGAGAGAUAUUAACAGGGACAUGUGGACCACAGUAACAUCUGCCACCACAAAAACCACCUGCAAAGUGCCCAAGCUUGUGGAAGGCCGUGUAUAUAUCUUGAGAAUCAGUGCUGAGAAUAUGUAUGGCAUCAGUGAGCCACUGGAGUCUGAAGAAAUGAAGGCCAAGGAUCUUUUCAGAGUACCUGAGGCACCUGACGAGCCUACAGUUAAAGAAGUGUACCAUGACUCAGCCCUGGUUCUUUGGAACCGCCCUCGUGAUGGUGGCAAACCCAUUACUAACUACUACUUAGAAAAGAAGGAGCCUUCUGCUAAGAGAUGGGCCAGGGCAACUAGAGAUCCGCUCUACCCUGCUACCCAGUACAGGGUCCAAGAUCUCACUGAAGGCUGUGAAUAUGAAUUCCGUGUCACAGCAGAGAAUGAAAUUGGUACUGGAGAUCCUAGCCCUCCUUCUAAGCCUAUCCUAGCCAAGGAUCCUAUUGUUCUGCCUAGCCCACCUGUUCUACCUGAGGUCACUGACAAAACAAAGGAUUCUGUGAGUCUGUCAUGGCGUGUUCCUCGCCAUGAUGGCAAAGGCAAAAUCUUUGGAUACCUUAUUGAAUAUCAGAAGCCUGGCGCAAUUGAAUGGAUGCAGGCUAAUGAGACACCAGAGUCAUGCCCUGAUAUCAAGUUUGUUGUGAAGAACCUACCAGAGGGUGAAGAAUUCCGUUUCAGGAUUAUGGCUGUGAAUGCAGCUGGAAAAUCUGAGCCUGCUUAUGUAAAGGAACCAGUUAAAGUGCAUGACAGACUUGAGGAGCCAGAGUUACUGCUGGAUGCAAAUAUGUCACGGGACCAUCUUGCUAUGAUUGGAACAGAUAUAACACUAAGUGCUGUGAUUAAGGGUAUGCCAAUUCCCACUGUGUCUUGGAAGAAAAAUGGUGACGACGUUCCUGCUCAUUGUGUUAUUGAAGUCACAGCACGUGGAAGUAAACUGCAUAUAAAGAAAUGUACCCGUGCUGACUGUGGAAACUAUACUAUAACCAUUCAAAAUGCUGCAGGCUCAAAGACAGCAACAUGCACAGUGCUUGUACUUGAUAAACCUGGACCGCCAAGAAAGCUUACUAUCUCAGAUGUUACAAGUGAGUCAGCGUAUCUAACCUGGCAAAAGCCAGAGGAUGAUGGUGGUGCUGUGAUCUCUCACUAUGUUGUGGAGAAAAAAGAUGUCGCUGCUCAGAAGUGGGUACCUGUCUGUGCCUCGUCCAAGAAGCUUAGCCUCAUGGCUUUAUACCUAAUGGAAGGUGUUCAGUAUUUAUUCCGUGUGGCAGCUGAAAAUCAGUUUGGAAGAAGUGCAUAUGUUGAAACCAACAAGCCUAUCAAAGCAGUUGAUCCUCUCUAUCCUCCUGGCCCUCCUAAGAAUUUGCACCAUGUAGAUGCAGAAAAAACUGAAGUAUGGCUUGAAUGGGAGUGGCCUGAUCGCACUGGUGGAAGUGAAAUUACUGGAUUUAUUGUUGAGCAUCAAGUAGAAGGGGCCACUGAUUGGGUCACCUUCAAAACUGUCAGCAAUGCCAACUGCCAUGUUACUGGACUUGAAGAAGGAAAAACCUACAGAUUCCGUGUAAAAUCUCAAAAUGCAAUUGGCAUUAGUCGACCAGACACCACUGUACCAAUUACUUGCCAGGAGAAAACUUUGGCACCAUCUAUUGAAGUUGAUGUGAAGCUCAUUGAGGGUCUUACUGUAAAGGCUGGAAGCACAAUUGUACUCCCUGCAGUAAUGAAGGGAAUACCAAUUCCAACACCCAAAUGGCUAAGUGAUGGCAAUGAGCUGAAAACGGAGGGCAAAUUCAAGAUUGAUAUUGAAGGAACUUCAACAGUUCUAACCAUUGCUGAUUGUGCAAGGAUAGACAGUGGAGAAUAUAUACUUACUGUUUCAAAUCCUGCAGGAAGCAAAUCAGUUGCUCUCCAUGUAACAGUACUUGAUCUUCCUGGUCCUCCGCUUGGACCUGUCAACAUCCUUACGGUUACUCCUGAUCACAUGGUUAUCCAGUGGCGUCCACCUAAGGAUGAUGGCGGCACACCAUUGAUGAACUACAUUGUUGAAAAGAAGGAUGUCAAGAAGUCUUGGGAGCCAUGGUCUGUUGUGAGUUCUGGAAGUAACAGCACCAAAGCUAAGGUGCCACGUUUAGAGAAGGGUCGUGAAUAUAUCGUACGCAUUCGUGCUGAGAACAAGAUUGGCAUUGGUGCUGCUCUUGAAAGUCCUCCCACUAUUGCCAAGCAUAUGUUUGAUCCACCAGGCCCUCCAGGGCCACCAACAUGUUCUGAUAUCACAGAAAAUGCUGUGACAUUGUCAUGGACUGAACCAGAAACCAAUGGUGGAAGUCCAGUUAGUGGCUACAUUGUAGAACGCAGGGAGAUGACUGGUAAAUGGAUUCGUGUAAAUAAAACACCAGUCUUGGAUCUUCGCUACAGAGUCUCAGGUCUUUCUGAGGGCAACAUCUAUGAAUUCAGAAUUUUUGCUGAAAAUGUUGCUGGUGUAAGUGAGCCUUCCUAUCCUUCAGACCAAAUAAAAGCCACACGCCCAAUUGCUCCUCCUGGACCUCCAAGUAACAUAAGAUUGAAGGACUGGAGCAAGUCAUAUGCGGAUUUGGUGUGGACCAAGCCUAACAGAGAUGGUGGUAGCCCUAUUUUAGGCUAUGUUGUUGAAUGCCAGAAAUCUGGCUCUGCACAGUGGGACAGGAUCAAUAAGGACCUUAUCAAGCAAUGCGCUUUCAGAGUCCCUGGACUUAUUGAAGGCACAGAGUACAGAAUCCGUAUUAGAGCAUCUAACAAAGUUGGGGAUGGAGAGCCACGAGAGUUGACAGAGACAGUACUUGCCAAAGACAUCCUUGUUCCUCCAGAAAUUACUGUUGAUGUUGCUUGCCGUGACCUUGUAACAGUUCGGGCAGGACAGAUCAUCAGCCUUGUCACCAGAGUUAAAGGCAGACCCGAUCCUGAAAUCACAUGGACUAAGGAUGCUAGAGCCUUAGGCAGAGACAAGCGUACAGAGAUGAUUAACAACUUUCCACUUGCUGAACUAGUCAUUCAGGAUGCUUUACGAGGAGAUUAUGGAAAAUAUGCAAUUCAAGCUAAAAAUAGCAGUGGUCAAGCAAAUGCUACAAUCAUUGUUAAUGUGCUUGACAUUCCUGGAGCUUGCCAGAACUUGAAGGUUGCAUAUGUGACCAAGGAAUCCUGCAUGGUGUCUUGGGAAAAUCCAGAGGACAACGGUGGCACUGAAAUUACAAAUUACAUAAUUGAGUGUCGUCAACCUAGUCAAAGGGGAUGGACAAUUGUUUCAUCCGAUUGCACCAAACGUCUUGUGAAGGCUCCACUUGUUGAGAACUGUGAAUAUUUCUUCCGCGUUAGCGCAGAGAACAAAAUUGGUGCAGGACCGCCAACAGAAACAAAAACAGCAGUCCUUGCUGUUGACCCAGUUGAGAAACCUGGUGAUCCAGAGAAUUUCCAUAUCUCUGAAAUUGGAAAAACCUUUGUCUUCCUUAAAUGGAAGAAGCCAGAAUAUGAUGGUGGUAGCCGCAAUCUUGCUUAUCAUGUGGAAAAGAAACCAAAAGAAGCUGAAGAAUGGGAAAGACUCCACAAAGGUGCUAUUAAAGAGACAUAUUUCAUGGCUGACAGAUGCAUAGAAAACCAAAUAUAUCAGUUUAGAGUACAAACAAAAAAUGAAGGAGGAGAGAGCAACUGGGUGACUACAGCUGAAGUUCUUGUAAAGGAGGAACUUGUAGUUCCUGAGCUACAUGUCAAGCUGGAAGGUGUUCUGGUAGUUAAAGCUGGGGAUUCCAUUCCAAUUGAGGCAGAGGUUAAAGGCAAACCACAACCAGAUGUCAAAUGGGCUAAAGAAGGUGACUCUGUAGAUAUCAAUCGAAGUCCUCGACUACAGGUUGAGUCUGGUGUUAACUUCUCUAAAUUCCUGCUUACAAAUGCAAAAAGAGCAGAUGCUGGACAAUAUACUGUCACUGCAACAAAUGCCGCUGGAACCUGUACUGCUGUGGCUAAAGUGAAUGUUCUUGACAGGCCUGGGCCCAUUAGAGAUCUCAAGGUGUCAGGCAUUUCAGUGGAUAGAUGCAAGUUGGAAUGGGAAGAGCCCGAGGAUGACGGUGGAUGUGAAAUUUAUAACUACAUCAUUGAGAAAUGUGAGACAAAGAGAGGUGUCUGGUCAAUUCAUUCUUCAGCUGUUAUUAAAAAAUCUGCUAAUGUAACUCGUCUAAUUGAAGGAAACGAGUACAUCUUCAGAGUAAGGGCAGAGAACAAGAUGGGGACUGGACCUGCUGUACAAACGGAGUCUAUUAUUGCAAGGACCCAGUUCAGUAGACCUGGUGCUCCAGAUGCGCCUGAGGUGACCAAAGUUGCAAAAGAUGAAAUGACAGUUGCAUGGUGCUCCCCUGAUAAUGAUGGUGGAAAACCCAUCACUGGUUAUAUUCUUGAAAAGAAAGAAGAACAUGGCAUUAGAUGGGCACCAGUUAGUAAAUCUCCUAUUACCAGUACACAUUUGACUGUAACAGGAUUGUUGCCUAAUCAUGAAUACCAAUUCCGUGUAAAAGCUGAGAAUGAGAUUGGAGUUGGUGAUGCAAGCAAGCCAUCUAGAACAUUCACUGCAAGGGAUCCUGUUGGACCUCCUGGUCCUGUUGGAAACUUAAAGGUGACUGAUAGUUCCAAGACAUCAAUCACUCUUGGAUGGACAAAGCCUACACAUGAUGGUGGUGCUCCACUCAUUGGAUAUGUAGUUGAGCUCAGAGUCAAGGGUACAGGAAAGAAGGGGGAUGAAGGAUGGAAGAGGUGCAACAUUGCUGCACAGCUGAUUGGAACAGAGUUCACAGUAACAAGUCUGGAUGAGAAGCUUGAGUACGAAUUCCGUGUUUCUGCACAAAACCAGAUAGGUUUGAGCCAACCAACUAAUCUUGAGGGAGCUGUUUCUCCACGAGAAAUUUUUGAGGCCCCUGAAGUUGUUUUAGAUGCUGAGCUAAAGAAAGGUCUUACUGUUAGGGCUGGCUGCCCAAUAAGAAUAGUUGCAACUGUCAGGGGACGACCACCUCCCAAGGUGCAAUGGAGAAGAAUGGGAAUUGAUAAUGUUGUCAAGAAGGGUCAUGUGGAUCUCAUUGACACAAUGACAUUCCUUGUCAUCCCUGAUACCACCCGUGAUGAUUCAGGCAAAUAUUCACUGACUGUAACAAGCCCAGCAGGGGAAAAAGCUGUAUUUAUCAAUGUAAAAGUACUAGACACACCUGGACCAGUUGUUGGUCUGGAGGCCACAGACAUUACAACGGUAUCUUGCAACCUCUCAUGGUCCCCACCUGAAAAUGAUGGCGGCAGUGAAGUAACUCAUUAUAUUGUUCAGAAGCGUGAAAUAGAUCGCAAGACUUGGGCAACAGUUAAAACUGAUGUUGACAAAACAACAUUUAAAGUCAGCAACCUUGCACCAGGAACAGAAUAUUGCUUCAGCGUUACUGCAGUGAAUGCAUAUGGUCCAGGUGUUCCAAAAGCCACACAGAGAUCAUAUCUGGCUUCGGAUCCUAUCAGUAAACCUGACCCACCACAGAAGGUUGAUGUUUUGGAGAUUACUAAGAACAGUGCUAAGGUGGGCUGGGUGAAACCAAUGAGGGAUGGUGGAGCUAAGAUUGAUGGCUACAUAAUUGACUACCUUAUGCUUCCUGAGCCCAAAACAACCAAGAAACCAGUGGUGGGUGAAAGUGAGGUGGAGCCCGGUGCUGAACCUGUACCCCUACCACCACCACCACCAGUGGUGAAGGAGGAAGAAGUCCAUGAGGAAAAGAAAGAAUGGACACCAUAUACCGUUGUGAAAGAUUUAUGUAUCUCUGUUGUUGGGCUGAAGGAGGGAAGGAAAUAUCGCUUCAGAGUAGCUGCAAGAAAUGCCAUGGGAGCUAGUCUUCCCACUGAAACCAAAGAAGCAUAUGAGAUUAAAGAACAGAUGUUGGAACCCAAGGUGAUCAUGUCAGAGCUUGUCACUGCAAAAGCAGGAGCAAAAGUGAGAGUUGAAGCUCUUGUAUCUGGGAAGCCAGCACCUGUGUGUCAAUGGAAGCAAGGAGAUGACAAUGUGGUCCCCUCAAGCCGCCUUGCAGUACACAAAUCCCAGAACAUGUGUGUCCUUAUCAUCAAAGAUGUCUCAAGAAUAGAUAGUGGUCAAUAUAGCCUUGUUGCCGAGAACAGCUCAGGAAAGGUGGAACAAGUUAUGAAAAUUGUCAUUAAAGAUAUUCCUGGACCACCUGAGCCCCCGUUUGAAAUAAGUGACAUUGACUCUGAUGCCUGCACAUUGUCUUGGAACAAGCCACUUCAAGAUGGUGGUAGCAAUAUCACUAACUAUGUGGUUGAGAAAUGUAAUGUGAGCAGAGGUGACUGGGUUACUGCCGUUUCCAGCUGUGGCAAGACCUGUUGCAGACUUGGGAAACUUAUUCCUGGAACGGAGUAUAUAUUCCGUGUUCGUGCAGAGAAUCGUUAUGGAAUUUCUGACCCCAUUACAUCUGAGAGGAUGAUAGCUAAAUUCCCAUUUGAUGUUCCUGGUGAACCCUUGAACUGUCGCAUUACAAAAAUAAAUAAGGACUGCAUGUUUGUGGCUUGGGAUAAGCCGGAGUCGGAUGGUGGCAGUCCAAUUACUGGAUAUUACAUUGAGCGAAAAGAGAGGAAUAGUCUCUUAUGGGUUAAGGCUAAUGAUUCAGUUGUGCGAACAACUGAAUAUCCUUGUGCUGGUCUAAUUGAAGGUCUGGAAUACACUUUCAGAGUAUCUGCUAUUAACCGUGCAGGACAGGGCAAACCAAGUGCAAAGACAGAUUUUGUCACAACAAGAACACCAGUGGAUGCUCCAGGUAAACCAGAGGUACUUGAUGUGACCAAAAACAGAGUUACACUUGUUUGGUCCAAACCAAAGAAUGAUGGUGGAAGCAAGAUCAUUGGAUACUAUGUUGAAGCCUUGAAGAUUCCUGGAGACAACUGGGUGCGAUGCAACACAAGCAGUCAGAAUGUACCUCGUGAAGAGUACACUGUUUCUGGAUUGGAUGAGGGCGCCCAGUAUCAAUUUAGGGUUAUUGCAAAAACAGCCAUUAACAUUAGCAGGCCAUCUGAAGUCAGUGACCCUAUUCUGGUGUCUGCAGAAAAUGUUCCUCCCAGAAUAGAACUGUCAAUACAGAUGAAGAAGAUGGUGCCAAAGAAAGCUGGGUCAGAUAUCUGCCUUGAAGCUGAAGUUUUUGGCAAACCGAUGCCAAAGGUUACAUGGAGCAAGGAUGGAAAAGUGUUGAGCAUGGAUAAAGACAUGAAGAUGUCACAAAAGAGACACCUAUUUUCUCUAAACCUCACUGCAGUUACAAAACUCCAUACAGGGGUGUACAGCAUUCUUGCUGAGAACGCAAGUGGUUCUAAGACAGCAGACAUCCAGCUCACAGUUUUGGAUAUACCUGGUCCACCUGCCUCUAUCAAUUUAAAAGAGGUAUUUUCUGAUCAUGUAAAAUUGAGCUGGACAGCUCCACUUGCAGAUGGUGGUUCACCAAUUACAAACUAUAUUGUGGAUAAGCGUGAGUCAAGUCGGGCUAAUUGGGCCCAGGUUUCUGCUAAAAUCAGCCGUGAUACCACUGAAUUUUUUGUGGAAAGGCUAAUUAUGGGUCAUGAAUACCAGUUCCGUGUACGUGCUGAAAACCGAUUUGGAGCUGGCGAUGCCAUCCUCUCGGAUCCUGUUGUUGCAAAAGACCCUUUCACUGUUCCUGGACAAUGUGAUCCACCAAUCAUUACAAACAUCACAAAAGAGAAAAUGACUGUAAGCUGGAAGGAACCCUCUGAUGAUGGCAACUCUACUAUUCUUGGAUAUAUUGUUGAGAAGCAUGAAACCAAAGAAUUAAACUGGACCAAAGUGAAUAGGAAACCAUUGCUUGCAAGAUCGCUUGAAGUUGGAGGUCUCUCAGAAGGGGCUCAAUAUGAGUUUAGAGUUAUUGCGGUUAACAAAGCUGGACUUGGAAAACCCAGUGAGCCAUCAAAUUAUGCUGCUGCAGUUGAUCCUAUUUAUCCUCCUGGACCACCAAUUUCCCCUAAGGUUACAGACACAAGUAACAGCACUAUUAGCUUAUCUUGGACUAAACCUGCAAAUGAUGGUGGAAGUGAAAUUUUGGGAUAUCUAGUUGAAUGCAGGAGAACAGAUGCAACAGACUGGAUCAGAUGCAAUGUCCCAAAGAACCUACAGGACACACACUAUGUUGUCACUGGACUCUUGGAGAAAUCAGAAUAUCAACUACGUGUCAGUGCUGUGAACAAAGUUGGCUUUAGUCAGCCAUGUGAAGUCCCAGAUAAACAUGUUGCAAAGGAUGUGUUUGUUGCACCUGAGGCUGAACUUGAUGCAGUGCUGAAGGAUACAUUGGUGCUUCAUGCUGGUGCUCCAAUGAAACUUCAUGCCAAAAUUAAAGGCCGUCCUGUUCCAAAGGUCACGUGGGCCAAGAUGAACACCAACAUAAAGAACAGACAGGGAAUCGUCAUUAAAGCCACAGACACUGACACAAUGGUUUAUGUUGAAAAAGCUAAUAGAAAUGAUGCAGGAAAAUACAUUCUCAACCUUGAUAGUAUCAGUGGCAUGAAGAUGUACACCGUUGUUGUUAAAGUUAUUGAUACACCAGGCCCACCGCUAAACCUGAUGGUGAAAGAAACAACAAAGGACAGUGCAUCUAUCAUGUGGGAUGAACCACUAAUUGAUGGUGGAAGUGAAAUCACAGGUUACAUAGUAGAAAAACGUGAUGCAGAGAGAAAAGCAUGGUCCACAGUUUCAACCUGUGACAAAACAUCUUUCAGGAUUGAGGGCCUGGAGCCUGGUAGAUCCUACUACUUUAGAGUCAUGGCUCAGAAUAAGUAUGGUACUGGUGAGCCUAUUGAAACAGCAGAUGCUGUCAGAGCCUCUGAACAACCUGGACCAGUUUUGGACUUCAAGGCCUUGCUAGUAACCAGAGAUUCAUGCACCCUUUCAUGGAAGAAACCAGUUAGUGAUGGUGGUAGCCGAAUAAUUGCAUAUGUGCUUGAAGUUCUUAAUGGUGAGGACAAAUGGAAGGAGCUUUUAAGAUCCAAGAACAUGCAAUAUAGUGGUAAAGAUCUUCAUGAAGGAAGGGAAUACAAAUACAGAGUAAUGGCAACCAACGAUGCGGGCGAUGGUCCAGUUAAGGAACUCUCAAUUGUGGCAAAGGAUGUUUUUGUUUAUCCCAGCUGUGAUUUACGGGAUUUGCCAAACUUGAACUACAUAGCAAAAGAGGGAAGCACUGUUCGACUCAAGAUUCCUAUCAGUGGUAAACCUGUCCCAACAGUCUCAUGGAAGAAGGGUGAAGAUGAAAAUUUGACUGACACUGGAAGAGUUUGUGUGGAAUCUACUGCUGUUAAUACAACUCUCCUGAUUCGGGACUGCCAGAGGAGUGAUGCUGCAAAAUAUACUAUCACUCUUCGUAAUAGUGCUGGAUCAAAAGAAUCCUCUAUCUUUGUAAGAGUCGUUGGCAAACCAGGUAUUUGUACAGGACCUGUCAAGUUUAAGGAAGUAACAGCUGAUGGAGCUACCUUAAAAUGGGGUGUUCCUAAAGAUGACGGAGGAUCAGAAGUCACCAACUACAUUCUAGAGAAACGUGAUUCCAUUACAAAUAUGUGGGUAACUGUUUCCUCAGCAGUGGACACAAACAGUUAUAGAGUGUCCGGUCUCCAUGAAGGAACGGAAUAUAUCUUCAGAGUUUCUGCAGAAAACAAAUAUGGAGUUGGAGAAGGUCUCAAAUCUGAACCUAUGGUUGCCAAGCAUCCAUUCAAUGUACCUGAUGCUCCGCCUGCACCACAAAUCUUGAGCAUGCGUCAUGACUCAGCAACUUUGGCUUGGUCUGAUCCACGAAAAACAGGCGGUUCACCAAUUACGGGAUAUCAUGUGGAAUUCAAGGAAAGAAACAGCAUGUUAUGGAAAAGAGCUAACCCAGCACCUUUAAAAAUGAAAGACUUCAAAGUAAAAGGUUUAACUGAGGGCCUGGAAUAUGAGUUUAGAGUGAUGGCUAUAAAUUUGGCUGGUGUUGGUAAGCCAAGUCCUCCAACUGAGCCAAUGGUUGCAUUGGAUCCUAUUGAUCCUCCUGGUAAACCUGAUGUAAUCAGCAUCACAAGAAGUACUGUAACACUUCAAUGGACCGAACCUCAGUAUGAUGGUGGACACAGACUUACAGGUUACAUUGUUGAGAGACGUGACCUUCCUACCAAGGUCUGGGUGAAAGCCAACACUGUAAACGUUGUGGAAUGUGCAUAUACUGUGGCUAACUUGCAGGAGGGUUGCAAGUUCGAAUUCAGAAUCAGAGCCAAGAAUGCAGCUGGGGCAAUAAGUCCACCAUCUGAACAAACCGAUACUCUUGUCUGCAUGGAUGAAUAUGCGGCACCAACCAUUAUUAUUGACCCAACAGUAAAGGAAGGGCUUACGGUCAGAGCUGGAGACACAAUAGUUAUUACAGCAACAAGUAUUUUAGGCAAGCCUGCACCAAGUUCUGUCUGGUCAAAAGGAGGAAAGUACUUCAAGCCAUCAGAUAUAUGCCAGAUUGAAACAACUGCUACGUCCUCUACUCUAUUUAUCAAAUAUGCAAGCAGAAAGGAUUCAGGGGAGUAUACCAUUACAGCAAGCAAUCCAUUUGGUGUCAAAGAAGAGAAUGUCAAAGUAAAGGUGUUGGAUGUUCCUGGGCCCCCGGGACCGAUUGAAACAAGUGGCAUAUCAUCUGAAAAGGUUACUUUGACCUGGGCACCACCUAGUGAAGAUGGCGGAUCUGCAAUUGAGUAUUACAUUCUAGAAAAGAGGGAAACAAGCCGUCUUCUUUGGACAAUUCUUGCAGAAAAGGUUAUUGACUGCCAUUUUGUUGCAAAUAAACUAAUCCAAGGGAAUGAAUACAUAUUCCGUGUAUCAGCUGUCAACCAUACUGGAGCUGGUGAUUUUUCAAAUUCAGAGCCUGUGAAAAUGGUGGAUAAUUAUGGCCCCCCAGGCCCCCCAGCAAGACCAGAGGUGGAAAAUGUUGGAGGUAGAACCGCUACAAUUACAUGGAAGAGACCAGCUGAUGAUGGAGGCAGUGACAUCACAGGUUACAUGGUUGAGAAGAAGGAAAGAAAGGGCAUAAGGUGGUCAAAAGCAUCAAAGAAGACUGUACCUGUUCUUCAGUUUGAAGUACAGGGCCUCACAGAAGGAGAGGAGUAUCAAUUCAGAGUAACUGCUGAGAAUAAGGCCGGCUUUGGGGAACCCAGUGAGCCAUCACAACCUGUUAGAACAAAGGUCAUGGCAGAUGUACCCGGACCCCCAAUCAACCCAAGAGUCACGGAUACAACAAAAACCACAGCUGAACUGCAUUGGGGCAAACCUGUUAAUGAUGGUGGCAUGCCUGUUACAGGCUAUACUGUUGAGCACAAAAAGGAUGGAGAAGAGACAUGGGUGAAGGAUACAACUACACCAUUAAUGAUCACAGAAUUUGUUGUUCCAAACUUAGAGAAUGGAGCAAAGUAUCAUUUUAGAAUUAGUGCCAUGAAUGCAAUGGGUGUUGGGGAACCAGCACAAACAGUAGAUCUUAUUGAAAUUGUUGAACGUCAAGUAAUCCCAGACCUAGAACUUGAUAUUGAAUUGAGAAAAACACUAGUUGUCAAAGCCGGAUGCUCUAUUCGCAUAUUUGUUCCAAUUAAAGGGCGUCCAACUCCAUCUGUGACAUGGACAAAGGAGGAUACUGCUCUAAAAACCUAUGCAAACAUUGACAGUACAGAGUCUUACACUCUUUUAGUCAUUCCUGAUUGCAACAGACACGAUGCAGGAAAAUAUGACUUGACAUUAGAGAAUUCUGCUGGAAAGAAGACUGCCUAUGUGAAUGUUAAGGUUUUAGACUCUCCCGGGCCUCCUAUCAAUCUUAAACCCAAAGCCAUUGACAAGGAAAGCAUUACACUUCAGUGGGAACCACCUCUUAUUGAUGGUGGUGCAAAGAUUACUAAUUAUAUCAUUGAAAAAAGAGAAUCUACUCGCAAAGCAUAUGCUACUGUAGUUACAAAAUGUGCCAUGCGUUCUUUAAAAAUUCCAAAUUUGUUAGAGGGGUCAGAAUAUUAUUUCAGAGUAUCUGCAGAAAAUGAAUUUGGAAUUGGUGAAGCAGUAGAAACCCUAGAUCCCAUCAGAGCAUCUCAAGCACCAAGUCCCCCUGAAACAGUCACAAUUACUGAUGUUGGCAAAAACUCAGCUAGUCUUGCAUGGACCAAACCAAAACAUGAUGGUGGAAGCAGAAUAACUGGGUAUGUUAUUGAGGCUCAAAAAAAAGGAACAGACCAGUGGGCUCAUGUGACCACUGUAAAGUCUUUAGACUUUACUGUAAAGAAUUUAAAUGAAAAUGAGGAGUAUAUAUUCCGUGUCAUGGCUGUUAAUUUAUCAGGCAGAAGCCAUCCUCGUGAAAGCAAGCAUAUUGUUAUAAGAGAACAAAACACAGAACCAGAAUUUGACUUGCGGGGUAUCUGCCAGAAGACAGUCAUAGCAAAGGCUGGAGAUGACAUAAAGGUUGAGGUACCCGUAAUUGGGCGUCCUAAACCAACUGUAACCUGGCAAAAAGACCAUCAAGCUCUCAAGUUAACACAGAGGACAAUGAUUGAAAAUACCUCUACUUCAACCAUCUUGAUUAUAAACGAAUGUUUAAGAAGUGACACUGGAGUGUACUCAAUUACAGGGAAAAACAUAGUUGGUUCAGUUACUGAUAACAUCAUAAUCAAAGUGCAUGAUGUCCCUGGACCACCUAGGGGACCAAUCAAAUUAGACAAAAUAUCUCGUGAUUCCAUUGAGUUCUCAUGGGAUUUGCCUGAAAAUGAUGGAGGUGUACCAAUAAAUAACUAUGUAGUUGAAAUAAGGGAAACCACCAAUCAGAAUUGGACAGAACUGUCUACAUUGAUUAUUCGAACAACAUUUAAAGUGACUCGUCUAACAACAGGAGUGGAAUACCAAUUUCGCGUAAAGGCCAAAAAUAGAUAUGGUGUAGGACCUCCAAUUACCUCAGAGGCUGUUGUUGCAGCUUACCCAUUUAAGGUGCCUGGACCACCAGGCACUCCCAAGGUUGUCGAAUUCACAAAGGACAAAAUGACAGUUGGCUGGAAUGAGCCAGUUAAUGAUGGGGGAAGUGACGUUAUUGGAUAUCAUAUUGAAAGAAAAGAGAGGAACAGCAUUGUCUGGCAUAGAAUUAGCAAAGCUCGUGUGGUGGGAAACCUUUUCAAAACAACUGGACUGGAGCCUGGCACUGCAUACGAGUUCCGUGUGAUGGCUGAAAAUGUAGCUGGAAUUGGGAAACCAAGCAAAGCAUCUGAACCUAUGCUUGCUCUUGAUCCAGUGGAUCCACCCGGUCAGCCUGUACCAAUCUAUGUGUCUAAAAAUACAAUCACAAUUCAGUGGACAAAGCCUGAAUAUGAUGGUGGGUUCAAGAUUACGGGAUAUAUUGUGGAAAAAAGAGAUCUACCAGCUGGGCGCUGGAUACGGGCCAACUUCACAAACAUUAUUGAAACCACAUUUACUGUUAGUGGUCUAACCAAAGACGCAUCCUAUGAAUUCCGUGUACUUGCAAGAAAUUCAGCUGGUGCUGUUAGCAACCCAUCAGAUGCAUCAGAUCCAAUAAUUUGUAAAGAUGACAUCGAAGAACCAAAAAUUAUGGUUGAUGCCAAAUUUAAGGAUGUUGUGCUUGUUAGGGCAGGAGAAGUCUUCAAACUUGAUGCUGACGUUUCAGGCCAGCCACUGCCAUCUAUGGUUUGGACCAAAGAUGGAAAGGACAUUGAAAACACUUAUAAACUACAGAUAAAAAUGACAGACCUCACUGCUUCUUUGGUUAACAAAGACUCUCUUAGAAAAGAUGGAGGUCAGUUUGUUCUGACUGCUACUAAUGUGGGUGGAUUUGCUAAACAUAUAUUCAAUGUUAAAGUCCUUGAUAGACCAGGACCACCUAGAGGACCUCUUAUGGUUUCAGAUAUCACUGCAGAAAAAUGUGUGCUUACAUGGGCUCCACCUGAAGAUGAUGGUGGGGCAAACAUUGAACACUACGUAAUUGAAAAACGUGAGUCAAGCAGACUUGCUUGGACAAAUGUGGCAACAGACAUGCAGGUUACGCAGUACCAGGUAACAAAAUUGCUUAAAGGAAAUGAAUACAUUUUCAGAGUGAUGGCUGUUAAUAAGUAUGGAGUUGGGGAAGCCCUUGAGUCUGACCCAACAAUUGCAGAUAACCCAUAUGUUCCACCCGAUCCCCCACAAAUGCCUGAGAUUACAGCUGUCACAAAGGAUUCAAUGGUGCUUUGCUGGGGAGCUCCUGCAAACAAUGGUGGAAGUGAAAUUACUAACUAUAGCAUUGAGAGAAGAGACAGAAUUGGUUUACGCUGGGUAAAAUGCAACAAGAGGAAAGUAACUGACUUACAUUUCAAGGUAACUGGACUUGUUCCAGGACAUGAAUAUGAAUUCAGAGUUUUUGCAGAGAAUGUAGCUGGAGUCAGUGCACCAAGUCCCUCAUGUCCCUACACAAAAGCCACAGACACACUGUUCAAACCAGGCCCACCUGGUAACCCAAGGAUAUUGGACACAAGUAGUUCCUCCAUCACACUUGCAUGGAACAAACCACUGUAUGAUGGUGGCUCUGAAAUUACUGGAUACAUUGUUGAGACCUGUAUACCUGGAACUGAAGAGGAGGAAUGGACAAUUGUCUCUCCUAAAGAGGGUGUGAAAGCAACAUCAUUUACUAUAACAGCUCUUAAGGAGAAUCAGGAAUAUAAAAUAAAUAUCUCAGCUGUUAACAGUGAGGGUAUUGGAGAAGCAGCAUCUGUUCCCGGUUCACCAAAAGCUGAAGAGAGACUCUUACCACCAGAAAUUGACCUUGAUGCUGACCUCCGUAAAGUUGUGAACAUUAGAGCAUGUAACACCUUAAGGCUCUUUGUGCCAAUUAGAGGAAGGCCAACUCCUGAAGCCAAAUGGUCAAGAGAGAAUGAUGAACCUUUGGAUAGAGCUACAAUCGAGAGUACAUCAUCUUUCACAUCCUUAGUAGUUGGAAAUGUGAAUAGAUUUGACAGUGGUAAAUAUAUUUUGACUGUGGAGAACAGCUCUGGAAGCAAAUCAGUUUCUGUGGCUGUUAGAGUUUUAGAUACACCUGGUGCACCACAAAACCUCCAAAUCAGCAAUGUUACCAAAGAAUCUGUCUCACUUAUAUGGGAUCCUCCACUAAAUGAUGGUGGCACAAAGAUUAAGAACUUCAUUGUUGAGAAACGUGAGGCAACAAGAAAGGCCUAUGCUACAGUUAAUGCUAACUGUCAUAAAACAACAUGGACUGUUGAUCAGCUUCAAGAAGGAUGCAAUUACUACUUCAGAAUACUGGCAGAGAAUGAGUAUGGCAUUGGUCUCCCUAUUGAAACCAGCGAAUCAGUCAAAGUAUCAGAAAAACCACUUCCUCCGAGAAAGAUUACACUUCAAGAUGUGACAAAGACAAGUGUCACACUGUCAUGGGAAAAGCCUGAACAUGAUGGAGGAAGUAGAGUGGUUGCAUAUGUUGUAGAGAUGCAGAGUAAAGGCAGUGAGAAAUGGACACAGGCCAUGAUUGUCAAGGUACCAGAGGCAAUUAUUUCUGGGCUUACUCCUGGUGAAGAGUAUAUGUUCCGUGUUUCAGCUAGAAAUGAAAAAGGUACCAGUGAUCCUCGCCAAAUUGGUGUUCCAGUGAUUGCCAAAGAUCUUGUAAUUGCCCCAUCUGCCAAAUUGUUAUUUACAACAUUUAGUGUUCUUGCUGGAGAAGAUCUGACAAUAGAUAUUCCAUAUAUUGCUCGUCCCAAAGCUGCAGUCUCUUGGAUGAAGGAUGCUACACCACUUAAGCAAACAAGCAGGGUUAACUUCUCUUCCACAGACAACCAGCUAAAUCUUGUAAUCAAAGAGGCAUGUAGAGAUGAUGUUGGCCAGUAUAGCAUCAAACUUUCAAACACAGCUGGUGAGACAUCAGUGAAUAUAGGAGUGGCUGUCCUUGGCAAACCUGGACCACCAGUUGGCCCAGUGAAAGUUGAAGCAGUAACAGCUGACAGUGUCACUAUUUCAUGGAAACCACCAGAGUAUGAUGGAGGAUGCACCAUUAAGAACUAUCUCGUGGAGAAAAGAGACACAUCCACAACAAACUGGGUAGUUGUAGCAGCAAAUCUAGCCAGAACCAAGGUUAAAGCUGGAAGGCUAAAAACAGGAACUGAAUAUCAAUUUAGAAUCACUGCUGAGAACAGAUAUGGCAAAAGCCCUCUGCUUGUCUCAGAGUGUGUUAUUGCACAGUACCCAUAUAAGCUUCCAGGACCGCCUGGAACACCGUUCAUUCAUUCUUCAACCAAAGACAGUAUGAUUGUGAUGUGGAAUGAGCCAGUUAUUGAUGGCGGAAGCACCAUUUUGGGCUACCAUCUUGAACGUAAAGAGAGAAACAGCAUUCUCUGGGUCAAGCUUAAUAAGAGUAUAAUCCAGGACACAACUUACAAGACCACAGGCCUUGAGGAAGGCCUUGAAUAUGAAUUUAGAGUGUAUGCUGAGAACAUUGUUGGUACUGGAAAGGCAAGCAAAAUAUCACAGGGACAUGUCGCUCGAGAUCCUUGUGAUCCUCCUGGUACACCUGAGGCAGUUAAAAUGACAAAGGAUUCCAUAACUAUCAUGUGGACUAAACCCGAGUAUGAUGGUGGAAGCAAGGUCACAGGCUAUAUUGUUGAAAAGAAAGAAUUACCUGAAGGACGCUGGCUGAAGGCAAACUUCACCAAUGUUAUUGAGACAGAGUAUACUGCCACAGGUCUCACAGAAGACCAAAAAUAUGAGUUCCGGGUUAUUGCAAGAAAUGCAGCAGGAGUUUUUAGUGAUCCUUCAUAUAGCACUGGGCCCAUUACUGCAAAGGAUGAGAUUGAACCCCCUCGCAUCAGCCUAGACCCACAUUACACACAGGCAAUUGUUGUAAAUGCAGGAGAAUCCUUUAAGAUUGAUGCAGAUGUACAUGGAAAACCACUACCAACAAUUCAUUGGAUGAAGGGUGAUCAAGAACUAGGAAACACCAUUCAUCGUGAAAUUAAAAACACCACCAGCUUUGCAUGCUUGUCUGUAAAAGAAGCCAAGCUUGCUGAUGGUGGCCAGUACACUCUGCUGCUAAGGAAUCCAGGUGGUGAGAAAUCUGUCCAGGUCAAUGUCAAUGUUCUAGAUAAGCCUGGAGCACCAGAGGGUCCCAUAUCCAUUACAGGGGUUACCAGUCAACAGUGCUGCCUUGCAUGGAAACGCCCAAAACAGGAUGGUGGAAGCACAAUCACUCAUUACAUUGUGGAAAGUAGAGAGACAAGCAGACUCAUCUGGACUCUUGUUGAACCCAAAGUUCAAGCGGAAACUUUGAAAGUAGCAAAACUCCUUGAAGGCAGUGAAUAUAUUUUUAGGGUUUUCCCAGUGAAUAAGUUUGGAGUUGGUGAAGCACUUCAGUCUGACCCAGUUCUUAUUAAGGAUCCAUUUAUGCUUCCAGAUGCUCCAAAGGGAAUAGAGGUGUCUGAUAUCAAGAAAGACUCAAUGCUAUUAAGUUGGGAGGCACCUACAAGUGAUGGUGGCACACCUGUCACUGGAUAUAUCAUUGAAAAACAUGACAAGGAGGGUGUUAGAUGGAUCAGAUGCAACAGGAAAACGGUCAGAGACCUAACCUUCAAAGUCACUGGGCUACUUGAGGCCCACCUCUAUGAAUUUAGAGUUGCAGCUGAAAAUGCUGUUGGGGUUGGUGAGCCUAGCUCAGCAACAGUAUUCUAUAAAGCUCUGGAUCCAGUGUUCAAGCCAGGUCCCCCACAUAAUCCUAAGGUGAUAGACACAACCAAAUCAUCUGUGUCACUUGCAUGGGGGAAACCUAUUUAUGAUGGUGGAUGUGAAAUCCAGGGAUUUAUUGUUGAGUCAUGUGAGGUAAAAGCAGCAGCAGAGGAGAUAAAACCUGCUCAGGAAGUUGACGUUGCAGAGGCUGUCCGAGUGGCUGAAGAAUGGACUAUGUGCACCCCAGCAACUGGUGUUAAAUUAACACAUUUUACAGUACAAAAUCUCAAAGAAAAACAGGAAUACAAGUUCAGAGUAUGUGCAGUUAACAAGGUUGGUGUUGGUGAGCAUGCAGAUGUUCCUGGUCACAUUCAGCCAGAAGAUAAAACAGAGGAGCCAGAUCUGGAUAUUGAUCCAGAGUUUAGAAAGCUUGUCAGUAUUAAAGCUGGGGGAUCUCUAAGAAUUUUUGUUCCCAUUAGAGGACGUCCUACACCACAAAUUAAAUGGGAGAAGGAUGACUGCCCCAUUAAAGAGACAGCACAUGUUGAGGUCAUGAGUGGUCACACUUCUCUUGUGAUUGAUAAAUUAAAUAGAAAUGACAGUGGAAAGUACACUGUGAUUGCAGAAAACUCAUCUGGUAUAAAGUCUGCAACCAUCAUUGUGAAAGUUCUUGAUACUCCUAGUGCUCCAGUUAACCUUAAAGUUCAGGAAAUUACAAGGGAGUCUGUCACUCUUUCAUGGGAACCUCCUGCCUUGGAUGGAAGUGCUAAGAUAAAAAAUUAUAUUGUUGAAAAGCGUGAAACUACAAGGAAAACCUUCUCUGCUGUUGUAACAAAUUGCCAUAAAUUGUCUUGGAAAAUUGAACCACUUCAAGAGGGCUGUUGUUACUAUUUCAGAGUCCUUGCAGAGAAUGAACAUGGUAUUGGAAUACCUGCAGAUAUUACUGAUCCUCUGAAAGUAUCAGAAGUGCCACAAUGCCCUGGAAAAUUAAGCAUUGUAGACAUUACAAAAACAAGUGUCUCUCUUGCUUGGGAAAAACCACUGCAUGAUGGUGGCAGUAGAAUUCUUCAGUACCUUGUUGAAAUGCAAGUGAAAGGAAGUGAAAAAUGGUCAGGUUGUGCAAAUGUAAAAACACUAGAGGCUGUUAUUAAUAACUUGAACCCAGGUGAGGAGUACACUUUCAGAGUAAUUGCUAUUAAUGAAAAAGGAAAGAGUGACCCAAGAACCCUUGCAGUCCCAGUACAAGCAAAGGAUCUUGUUAUUGAACCAGAUGUUAGGCCUGCAUUUAACAAUUACAGUGUUCUUGUUGGAAAAGACCUGCAAGUUGAAAUUCCAAUAUCUGGACGCCCUAAACCGAAGGUGACAUGGAUAAAGGAUGGUACAUCCCUAAAAUUCACAACAAGAGUGAACAUUUCACAUACACCACAUAGUACAAUUCUUAGCAUCAAAGAAGCUACCAGAGAGGAUGGUGGCAUGUAUGGAAUCAAUGUGUCAAAUGUUCUUGGGCAAAAAGAUGCAACACUUGAAAUAAUCACACUUGACAAACCAGGACCACCAUGUGGUCCUGUAAAAUUUCUUGAGGUCACAGUAUCAAGUGUUACUCUGUCAUGGGAACCACCAAAGUACACUGGUGGUUGCCCAAUUUCAAACUACAUUGUACAAAAGAGAGACACAACUACCACUACAUGGGAGAAUGUUGCAGUUUCUCUGGCAAGAACAACACUGAAAGUCUCCAGACUAAAAACUGGGGCAGAGUAUCAGUUCAGGAUUAUUGCUCAAAACAGAUAUGGCAAGAGCUAUGGCUUAGAUUCCCCAGCUGUUGUUGCACAGUACCCAUAUAGGGAACCAGGGCCACCUGGUACUCCAUUUGUGUCCUCUCUGUCAAGAGAUCACAUGGUUGUUGAGUGGCAUGAACCUGUUUCAGAUGGAGGCAGCAGCAUUAUUGGAUAUCACCUUGAAAGAAAAGAGAGGAACAGUAUCCUCUGGACAAAGAUCAACAAGACCUUGAUUCAAGAAACAAAAUUCAAAACUAGUCCUUUGGAAGAGGGAAUUGAAUAUGAGUUCAGGGUCUAUGCUGAAAAUAUUGUUGGCAUUGGUCGGUGCAGCAAAAUCUCAGAGGGCUAUGCGGCCCGUGAUCCAUGUGAUCCACCUGGCACUCCAGAAGCUAUUAAUGUUAGCAAGGAUUCAAUAACAAUCCAAUGGACAAAGCCAGAAUAUGAUGGAGGAAGUGUGAUAACUGGUUAUACUGUUGAGAAGCGUGAUCUGCCAGAGGGACGUUGGGUGAAAGCUAGUUUUACAAAUGUCAUUGAAACCCAAUUUACUAUUAGUGGGCUUACAGAGGGAGCUAAAUAUGACUUUAGAGUAAUUGCAAAAAAUGCCGUUGGCACCAUUAGCAAACCAUCUUUCAACAGUGGACCUAUUGCUGCACUGGAUGAAGUAGAGCCGCCAAAGUUUUCAAUUGAUCCUGAAUAUACUCAGAUUAUUAUUGUGAAUGCUGGGGAUACAUUCAGACUUGAUGCAGAUGUACAUGGCAAACCGAUACCUACAAUGCAGUGGUUCAAGGGUGAUAAAAAACUUGAAAACACAAUGAGAUGUGAGAUCAAAAACACUGAAACCCGGGCUAUGAUUGUCUUAAAGGAUGUGCUCAGACAUGAUGGUGGGCAAUAUACCCUUCACCUCACCAAUGUCGCUGGCUCACAAACUGUUGCAUUCCAGGUAAAAGUACUGGACAAACCGAGUCCACCAGAAGAACCUCUUCGGGUCACAGGUGUAUCAAGUGAUAAAUGUACACUGUCAUGGCGUCCCCCACAACACGAUGGGGGAAGCCCCAUCACUCAUUAUAUAAUUGAAAGACGUGAAACAAGCCGCCUUGCUUGGACCAUUGUCUCAACUGUUUGUAAAGCCACAAUGUUCAAAGUGACAAACCUUCUUGAAGGCAAUGAAUAUAUCUUCCGUGUCAUGGCUGUCAACAGUUAUGGUGUUAGUGAGCCAAUUAAUACUCCAUCUGUAAUUAUGAAGAAUCCAUUUAUAGCCCCUGGAUCACCACAAAUUCUGGAGGUGACCAACAUUGCCAGGGAUUCUAUGACUGUGUGCUGGAGUGCACCAGAGAAUGAUGGUGGAAGUGAAAUUGUUGGCUAUAUCAUUGAAAAGAAAGAUCGUUCUGGAAUCAAAUGGACCCGAUGCAACAGACAAAAAGUCACUGAUGUAUGUUUCAGAGUGCAAGGCCUUAUAGAGGAUCAUGAGUAUGAGUUCAGAGUGUCAGCUGAAAAUGCAGCUGGAAUUGGUGAACCCAGCUUACCUACAUCAUACUACAAAGCUUGUGAUCCUAAAUAUAAACCUGGCCCUCCCACACAUGCACAUGUAAUUGACACCACAAAAAGCUCCAUUUCACUGGCAUGGGGAAAGCCUCUUAAUGAUGGUGGAAGUGCUAUUCAAGGAUACAUUGUUGAGAUAUGCAAAGCUGAGGAGGAUGAAUGGACUAUGUGUACUCCACCAACUGGCCUGCGUAUUAAUAAAUUUGAAAUAACCAAACUAACAGAACAACAGGAGUAUAGGAUUCAGGUAUGUGCUAUCAAUAAAUUAGGUGUGGGUGAGCCUGCAGUUAUUCCUGAGCCUGUGAAACCAGAGGACAAACUUGAAGUUCCUGAAAUUCAUCUUGAUUCAGAGUUGAGGAAAGGUAUAGUUGUUCGUGCUGGGGGAUCAUUUAGAAUCAGUGUGCCUUUCAAGGGAAGACCAACACCAGAGAUUAAAUGGACUAAAGAUGAAGGGGAUUUGUCGGAGAAGGCCAUUAUUGAGAAGGAUUUCAAUUUCACACUGCUUUCAGUUGACUCAUGUGACAGAAAAGAUUCUGGAAAAUAUACUGUGUCCCUUAAAAAUAGCAGUGGCACUGCAUGUGAAUUUGUGUCAGUAAAAGUUUUAGAUACACCAGGAGCUCCACUUAACUUGGUGGUAAAAGAUAUUAAGAAAGACUCUAUUACACUUGUUUGGGAUCCACCACUUAUUGACGGAGGUGCAAAAAUCAAAAACUAUGUUGUUGAUAAGCGUGAAUCUACAAGAAAAGCAUAUGCUAAUGUCACAACAAAGUGUAGCAAGACAAGUUUCAAGGUAGAAAAUCUUGCAGAGGGGGCUCUAUACUACUUUAGAGUCAUGGCUGAAAAUGAAUAUGGAAUUGGUCUACCAGUUGAAACCAAGACUGCAUCCAAGGCUUCUGAAGUACCUCUAUCAGUAGGAAAGAUCAUGUUGACUGAUGUUACCAAAGUAAGUGCAUCUCUGGCCUGGGAGAAACCAGAGCACGAUGGUGGAAGCAGGAUUGUAGGCUACUUGAUUGAAAUGCAGCCCAAGGGAACAGAAAAGUGGGGUGUAGCAACAUCUGUCAAAACAUGUGAAGGCACUGUCACUGGGCUAACAGCUGGUCAAGAAUAUUUGUUCCGGGUUCUUGCUUAUAAUGAGACAGGAAAGGGUGAGCCAAAGCUUCUUGCUGCUCCUGUCAUUGCCAAUGACUUAACUAUUGAACCAAGCCUAAAAGUACAGUUUAGUACAUACAGUGUCAAAUCCGGUGAUGAUCUUAAAUUGGAAAUACCUGUAUUUGGACGUCCCAAGCCAAAGGUUACUUGGAUGAAGGAUGGACAAGCUCUUAAAGUGACAUCAAGAAUCAAUACUUCAAACACACCAACAUCGGCCGUUCUACACAUUACUGAAGCCAGUAAGGAUGACUUUGGAAAGUAUACAAUUAGUGCAACAAACAGCACUGGUACUAUUACAGAAGAAAUUGGAAUCAUAAUCCUUGAUAAGCCUGGUCCACCAACUGGCCCUAUUAAAGUGAAUGAAGUAAGCAAUAGCUUUGUAACAAUCUCAUGGGGACGUCCAUCUUACACAGGAGGCUGCCAGGUGAAGCACUAUAUUGUUGAAAAGCGAGACACCACUACCACAACAUGGGAAGUUGUAGCUGGAUCAGUUGCCAGAACAUCUCUUAAAAUAUCAAACUUGAAAACUGGUGCUGAGUACCAGUUUAGAGUCAUUGCUGAAAACAGAUAUGGUAAGAGUUCUUCUUUGGAGUCAAAGGCAAUUGUGGUUCAGUAUCCAUACAAAUCUCCUGGGCCACCUGGAACUCCAUAUGUGAAAUCUGCCACCAAGGAUCAAAUGAUAAUUGAGUGGAAUGAGCCUGUCAAUGAUGGUGGAAGCUCAGUAAUUGGCUACCACUUGGAAAGCAAAGAACGGACUAGUAUCUUGUGGACAAAGUUGAACAAGACUCUCAUUACAGACACCAUGUUUAAGAUAUGUAAUCUUGAGGAAGGAAUUGGUUAUGAAUUCAGAGUAUAUGCUGAGAACAUUGUUGGUAUUGGCAGAGCGAGCAAGGUUUCAGACAGUUUUGUGGCUCGUGAUCCAUGUGAUCCACCUGGUACUCCAGAAGCUAUUUCUAUUUCAAAAAACCAUGUGGUAAUACAAUGGACAAAACCUCAAUAUGAUGGUGGCAGCAAAGUAACAGGAUACAUUGUUGAAAAGAGAGACUUGCCUCAAGGCCACUGGAUGAGGGUCAACUUUACCAAUGUGAUUGAGACUGAAUUCACAAUCAGUGGUUUAACAGCAGACCAACAGUAUGAAUUUAGAGUAAUAGCAAGAAAUGCUGCUGGUAUUUUCAGCGAGCCAUCUGAAAGCACCGGUCCAAUUACCACAACAGAUGAAAUUGAACCUCCAAGUGUUUCAAUGGAUCCUAAAUACCAAGAUGUCAUUGUUGUCAGUGCUGGAGAAAAUUUAGUUCUUGAUGCAGAUAUUCAUGGAAAACCCAUUCCUGAUGUUCAGUGGCUGAAAGAAGGAAAGGAAAUGGACAGGACACUACGCAUUGAAAGAAAAACAACACAGAAAUGUGCCGCUAUUACUGUCAAAGACUGUACACGAUUAGACAGUGGUCAUUAUGACCUUGUAUUAAGAAACACUGGUGGAACAAAAACAAUUCCCAUUAAAGUAAGGGUCCUUGAUAGGCCAGGCCCACCUACUGGACCACUAAAUAUAACUGGUAUAAUGUCUGAUAGAUGUAAUCUGAUUUGGACUGCGCCUUCUCAGGAUGGUGGUGCUAAUAUUUCUCACUACAUUCUUGAGAAGAGAGAAACUAGCAGGUUAUCAUGGACUCAGGUUGAUUCAAAUAUUCACACUACCAGUUAUAAGGUGACAAAGCUCCUGACAGGUGAUGAAUAUAUUUUCAGAGUUAUGGCUGUCAAUAAAUAUGGAAUUGGUGACCCACUGGAGUCUGAAGCAAUAAUUGCCUGCAACCCAUACAAGCCACCAAGUGCACCAUCAACACCAGAAGCAAGUGAGAUAACAAAAGAUUCAAUGGUUCUAUCAUGGAAUGUUCCAGAGAGUGAUGGUGGAACAGAAAUUAUUGGUUAUCACCUGGAGAAACGUGACAAAGACGGUGUAAGAUGGACCAAGUGCAACAGGCAGAAGCUUUCUGACUUGCAUUUCAAAGUAACUGGUCUUUCAGAGGGGCAUUUCUAUGAAUUCCGUGUGGCUGCAGAGAAUGCUGCUGGUGUGGGUGUAGUAAGUGACUUAUCUCUGUUCUAUAGAGCAGUAAAUGCAACAACUCCUCCUGGUCCACCACAUCAUCCUAAAGUAACAGAUCAUUCAACCUCAUCUGUGUCUCUGAUUUGGGGUAAGCCAGCUACAGAUGGCGGGGCAUAUAUCAAAGGUUAUAUUGUUGAGAUGAAAGAGGCCAAUGCAGAAGAAUGGACCACAUGUACACCUCCAACAGGUUUACAGGCAACAUGCCUAACAGUGGAAAACAUUAAAGAAAAUGCUGAGUAUAACUUCCGGGUAUGUGCCUUUAAUUCAGAAGGAGUUGGAGAACCUGCUGACGUUCAUGGCUCUGUAACUGCUAUUGAAAGAAUUGAGACACCAGAGAUUGAACUCGAUGCGCAUCUUAGAAAAACUGUCUCUGUUCGUGCAGGUGGAUCACUUCGUCUGUUUGUUAAAAUUAGAGGUAGACCUGAACCAUCUGUGAAAUGGGAAAGAGAAGAGGGGGCUUUAACUGAGAGAGCGGUGAUUGAAACUACUAGUUCAUACACCAUGCUUGUAAUUGACAAUGUCAAUAGAUUUGAUAGUGGGAAAUAUGUUCUAUCACUUGAGAAUAAGAGUGGCACAAAGUCAGCAUUUGUGAAUGUCAGGGUGCUUGACUCACCAAGUGCGCCACAGAAUUUUGAUGUCAAAGAAGUUAAGAAAGACUCAGUGACUCUCUACUGGGAACCUCCUCUUACUGAUGGUGGAGCCAAAAUAACCAAUUACAUUGUGGAAAAGCGAGAAUCUACAAGGAAAGCUUACACAACUGUCACAAGCAACUGCAUGCAAAAUUUCUUCAAGAUAGAAGAACUUCAAGAGGGAGGAAUAUUCUACUUCCGAGUGUGUGCUGUUAAUGAGUAUGGCUUUGGUUUGAUGGCAGAAACAAAAAAUCCAGUCAAAGUUGCCCAGGUCCCUAUGUCACCAGGAAAGGUGACACUUGUGGAUGUUACCAAGAACAGUGUGACUCUUGCAUGGAUGAAACCUGCCCACGAUGGUGGUAGUAAAGUUAUUUGCUACAAUGUAGAGAUGCAGUCAAAAGGCACAGACAAAUGGGUUGCAUGCGCUACAGUGAAAGUUCCAGAAGCUACUGUGUCUAACCUUACACCUGCUGAAACAUACUCUUUUAGAGUAAUUGCAUUGAAUGAGAAAGGCAAGAGUGAACCCCAAGAACUUGGUGUGCCUGUUCGUGCUACAGACAUAGAGAUAGAGCCUUCAUUUAAUCUGCUCUUCAACACUUACAGUGUUAAGGCAGGAGAUGACCUUAUUAUUGAAGUUCCUGUAAGAGGCAGACCUAAGCCAGUGGUUUCAUGGAAAAAGGAUGACCUACCUCUUAAGCAAACAACUUCUCUCACAAUAAAAAAUACCACAGUAUCAAGCAAGAUUGUAAUCAAAGAAGCUUCUAUUGAGCAUGUUGGGAAAUAUGAAAUCACCCUAGCUAAUACAGCUGGCACCAUUUCCACAGAUAUCAAUAUUGUGGUUCUUGACAAGCCAAACCCACCAGCUGCAGUAAAGGUUGAUGCUGUGACUGCUGACUCCAUUACUCUUUCAUGGUCUCCCCCUGAAUAUGAUGGAGGGUGCUCCAUUAAUAACUAUAUGGUUGAGAAGAGGGAUACCAACACAACAGUAUGGCAGAUCGUUUCAUCAAACAUUGCCAGAAAUUCAGUCAAGGUAUCUCGACUGACUCAUGGUUCUGAAUACCAAUUCCGUAUAUAUGCAGUGAACCGCUAUGGAAAGAGUAAGCCUAUUGACUCUCCUGGAAUUACAGCAGAAUAUACAUUCAAGCAACCUGGGCCACCUGCUACUCCCCGUGUGGCUCAUGCUACCAAGUCCUUCAUGCUUGUGACAUGGAAUGAACCAGUUAAUGAUGGAGGUAGCACAGUUCUUGGAUAUCAUUUGGAACGCAAGGAGAGAAGCAGUAUUCUAUGGACAAAGGUGAAUAGGAUUCUCAUCAAAGAUACUGAAUUUAAAGUAACUGGCCUUGAAGAGGGCAUGUUCUAUGAGUACCGAGUAUAUGCUGAAAACAUUGCUGGCAUUGGAAAGGUCAGCAAAGUUAGUGAGGCUAUAGCUGCUAGAGAUCCAUGUGAUCCUCCUGGUCAACCAGUGGUCACAAGCAUUACUAGAUCUUCUGUCUCUCUCUCUUGGACAAAGCCUGAAUAUGAUGGAGGGGCCAAAGUUACAGGUUAUAUAAUUGAACGUAGAGAUCUUCCAGAUGGUCGCUGGAUGAGAUGCAACUUUACCAAUGUUCCUGAAACAUACUUUGAUGUUACUGGUCUUACUCAAGAUCAGCAAUAUGAUUUCCAUGUCACUGCGAAGAAUGCUGCUGGACAGUUUAGUGAGCCAUCAGAUAACACAGGCCCUAUCACAGUCAAAGAUGAUGUAGACCCACCACGAAUUAUGAUGGAUGUCAAGUUUAGAGAUGUUGUUGUUGUGAAAGCAGGAGACACCCUAAAGAUCAGUGCUGACAUUGCUGGACGCCCAUUACCAGUGGCAUCAUGGACAAAGGAAGGAAAAGAGAUUCAACUCAGUACAAGAAUUCAGAUAACUGCAACAGAUACUAGCACUAUGAUAGUAGUGAAAGACUGCAAAAGGAGUGACUCUGGAAAGUAUGCCUUAACAUUACAGAAUGUCGCUGGUACAGUAACUAUGCCGGUGAAAUGCGUGAUCCUUGAUAAACCUGGACCUGCAGCAGGACCUUUAUCAGUAACUGAGCUCACUGCAGAGGACUGCACACUGUCAUGGGGACCACCACAAGAAAUUGGUGGUGCAGAUGUCACACAUUACGUUGUUGAGAAAAGAGAGACCAGCAGUUUGGCAUGGAUAAUUGUUCAAGGAGAGGUAAAAACUAGAACAUGCAAGGUCACAAAGCUCCUCAAAGGCAAUGAAUACAUAUUCAGAGUUUUGGCUGUAAAUAAAUUUGGACUUGGUGAACCUCUUGAAAGUGAACUUGUCAAAGUCACUGAUCCAUUCACCUUUGCAACAGCACCAACAAAUGUUGAAGUAACAAAUAUGUCCAGUGAGGAGAUGACUGUAACUUGGGCUAAGCCUGCUUCUGAUGGAGGCAGUGAAAUAUGUGGCUAUGUGAUUGAACGACGUGAGAAAUCAAGUCUUCGAUGGGUCAGAGUCAAUAGGGAGCUUGUAAAAGAUGACAGAGCUAUAGUAUCCAAACUAAGAAAAGGAAGUGAAUAUGAAUUUAGAGUAUUUGCAGAGAAUGCUGCAGGUUUAAGUCCUCCUAGCGAGCCAUCUGCUCCAGCUACAGCAAAGGAUGCUUUACUUCUGCCAGCCCCGCCAUCUAAACCAAAGGUUCUUGAUUACACAAAGAGUUCGAUGACAAUUACCUGGAACAAGCCAUUGUCAGAUGGUGGAACACCAGUCCUUGGAUACAGAGUGGAAUACAAGAAAACAGAGGAUGAGGAAUGGGCUGUUGCCAUUCAGAUGACAAAGAGCACUGAGUACACUGUUUCUGGUCUUACAGCUGAUCUGGAAUAUGUCUUUGCAGUUAAAUCAAUAAACAAAAUAGGCCUAAGUGAGCAAUCCCCAGUUUCCGAACCACAGGCGGCAACAGACAGAAAGGAGGAACCAGUAUUCGAUGUUGAUAUUGAGAUGAGGAAAACGCUGAUUGUCAAGCAUGGCAAUUCAUUCACAAUGACAGCACCAUUUAAAGGAAUACCAGUGCCUUCUGUCACAUGGUCUAAAGAAGGUGUUGACCUCAAAUCCAGAGCUACAGUUGAAACAACUGGAAAAUAUACAUCCCUAACUAUUGAAAAGGCAACAAGAAAUGACUCAGGACAAUAUACUGUUACACUGGACAAUGGUGUUGGAACUGCAACUUUGCCUGUGGUUGUCAAAGUACUUGAUUCCCCAGGACCACCAGUUAAUGUGAAGAUUAAAGAUGUGACAAAAGAUUCUGCCACAGUUACUUGGGAAGUCCCAGAAAAUGAUGGGGGUGAUGCUGUAAAAGCCUACCAUGUUGAAAAACGAGAAGCUAGCAAAAAGGCCUGGGUUUGUGUAACCAAUAACUGCCACAAUCUGGUCUACAAGGUAGAGGACUUGCAAGAGGGUGCAAUCUACUAUUUCAGAGUCAUUGGAGAGAAUGAAUUUGGUAUGGGUGUACCUGCUGAAACAAAAGAUGCAACUAAAAUAACUGAAAUACCAAGCCCACCUGCCAGACUUGGAGUAGCUGGAGUAACAAAAGACAGUGUUACAAUAGUAUGGUCAAAACCAGAGCAUGAUGGUGGAAGCAGAAUUACAAGCUACCUCAUUGAUGCUCUAGAGAAGGGACAGCAAAAGUGGGUGAAGUGUGCCACUGUAAAAAACAAUACUCAUACAAUCAAAGGUUUGCGAGAAAAUGCAGAGUAUUUCUUCAGAGUUCGUGCUGAGAAUCAUGCAGGACUCAGUGAUCCAAAGGAAAUGAUCAUUCCUGUAAUUGUAAAAGAUCAACUCAGUGCCCCUGAAUUUGAUAUGAAGAACUUCCCACACAACACUGUUUAUGUGAGGGCAGGAUCAAAUCUGAAAUUUGAGCUUCCUCUCACUGGCAAGCCCAUGCCAAAGGUGGCAAUGACAAGAAACAAUGUUCCAGUGAGGUGUGGAAAGAGAUUUAGUUUUGAAGUAACACCUGAUAGUCUUAAUAUCAGCCUCAAAGAAAGUAUUGCAAGUGAUGCUGGAAGAUAUGACAUUGUUGCCUCCAAUACCAGUGGAACAACCAAGAUGUUCAUUAACAUACUGGUGUUAGAUAGACCAGGUCCUCCAGUCGGUCCAGUUGAAAUCAGUGAUGUUGGAGAAACAUCACUAUGCCUAAAAUGGUUACCACCUGUAUAUGAUGGCGGUAGUCCAGUGACCAAUUAUGUUGUGGUCAGACGUGAAACAAGCACACCAGCUUGGGUAGAGGUGUCAUCGACAGUUGCCAGGAAUGCAAUUAAAGUCACCAAAUUAACAAAGGGUGAAGAAUACCAAUUCCGAAUUAAAGCGGAGAAUCGCCUUGGUAUCAGUGAUCACAUUGACUCUCAAACUGUCAUUGUGAAACUUCCAUACACGAUUCCUGGGCCACCAUCAACACCAUGGGUGAGUUUUGCUUCAAGAGAAAGCAUUACAGUUUGCUGGCAUGAACCUGUAGUAGAUGGAGGAAACCCAGUAUUUGGAUACCAUGUCCAAAUGAAAGAAAGAAGCAGCAUUCUGUGGCAGAAAGUGAACAAGACAGCAAUCCCUGCUAAUCAAAUAAGGGUGACAAACAUAUGCCCGAGUAUGAUUUAUGAAUUCAAGGUUGCUGCAGAAAAUGCUGCUGGUAUUGGUAAAUUCAGCAAGACAUCAGAGGAAGUACUUGCCAUUGAUGCUUGUGAACCUCCAGCAAAUGUGAGAAUCUCUGGGAUUACAAAGAACUCAGUUAGCCUUGUCUGGCAGAAGCCUCCCUUUGAUGGUGGAUGUAAAAUCACUGGCUACAUGGUUGAGAGAAGAGAUGCUCCAAAUGGCAGAUGGACAAAGGCUAACUUUACCAAUGUUAUUGAGACAAACUACACUGUGUCAGGCUUGACACAAGAUCAGUCAUAUGAAUUUAGAGUCUUUGCUAAAAAUGCAGUUGGAUCUGUAAGCAAUCCAUCUCUUAUUGCUGGACCAGCAACUUGUGUGGACAUUUCUGGUGUCCCGGUAAUCGACCUGCCUCCCGAGUACCUAGAUGUUGUGCAAUAUAAAGCUGGAGCUUCUGUUAAGAUAAAAAUAGGAAUUAUGGCUAAGCCACUUCCAACAAUUGAAUGGUUAAAGGAUGGAAAGGAAUUAGUGUCAAGUUCACAGCUAUCAAUUGAGAGUACCACUGAUUCAUCUGCCAUUCUUAUCAAGGAUGCCACUCGUCUUAACACUGGGACAUAUGAAAUAAAGACCAAGAAUGUGUUUGGCACAACUUCUGCCUCCAUCAGAAUAUUGAUUCUAGACAAACCAGGCCCUCCAGCUGGAAAUAUUGAAUUCAGAUCAGUAACCGCUGACACCAUAAUAAUUGCUUGGGAGCCAGUAGCAGAUGAUGGAGGUUCCACAGUCACCCAUUAUAUUGUGGAAAAACGAGAGACAAGUAGAGUUGUAUGGUCUACUGUUUCUGACCAUAUGCAGGAACGCAUAGUCUCUGUCCAGAAGUUGGUCAGAGGAGGUGAAUAUGUCUUCCGUGUCAGAGGAGUGAACAAAUUUGGAGCUGGAGAUCCUCUGGAGUCUGAACCAGUUAUUGCCAAGAAUGCAUUUGUUACUCCUGGACAACCUACCACACCAGAGGCAACAGAAAUCACUAGAACAUCCAUGAAAAUUGUAUGGGAUAAACCAGGAGUGGAUGGUGGUAGCAUGGUUACAGGCUACUAUUUACAGAGACGUGACAAGAAGAAUCUGCGCUGGAUUAAAAUUUACAAAGACCCCAUAUGUGACACCACAGCAAAGGUCUAUCACCUGACUGAAGGAAAUGAAUAUCAGUAUCGUGUGUGUGCAAUCAACAAAGCCGGAGAAGGUCCAUUUUCAGAUGUUUCUGAAUUAUACAAAGCAGCUGACCCUGUUGAUACACCUUCUGAGCCUACUAAACUCAAAGUUGUUGAUUCAACUAAAACUUCAAUUUCUCUUGGAUGGUCCAGGCCAGAGUAUGAUGGAGGCAGUGAAAUUACUAGCUACAUUGUGGAGAAAAGAGACAGUGAGGAAGGAGAAUGGGUAGUGAUAAGUAAAAAAGGUGAAGUCAGAACUACUGAGUAUGUUGCUUCAGGUCUUAUGCCAGAUGUUGACUACCACUUCCGUGUAUCUGCUUUGAAUUGUGCUGGUCGUGGAGACCCAAUCGAGAUGGAGGAACCAGUCCAGGCUAAAGAUAUUCUUGAGGAAGCUGAAGUUGACAAAGAUGUUGCAAUGAGAACUCAUUACAUUGUCAAAGCUGGAAAAGAUGUUGAGAUCAUGGUUCCUUUAAAAGGCAGACCGGCUCCAAGUGUUUCUUGGAAGAAAGAAGACCAAAACAUUGAUAAUGACCCUAAAUAUUAUAUACACAACACAUAUACUUCAUCAUGUCUCGUACUUUCACAAGUAACCCGUAAUGAUAGUGGCAAAUACACUAUUGAGAUAUCAAAUGGAGUAGGACAACCAAAAUCAUUGACAUUAUCUGUAAAAGUACAGGACAGUCCUUCUGCCUGUAGAAAUCUGGUCCUGAAAGAUGUCACUCGUGGCAAAGUGAUCUUAUGCUGGGAACCUCCUCUGCUUGAUGGCGGUGCAGAAAUUACUAACUAUAUAGUUGAGAAAAGAGACUCUUCAAAGCGCAUAUACGCUGCUGUAACCAACAAAUGCAUGGAAACGACAUAUGAAAUUGAUGAGCUCUCUGAGAAGAUAUCAUACUUUUUCCGUGUAUCAGCAGAAAAUGAAAAUGGAGUUGGUGAGCCAUGUGAGACAGCAGAGCCAAUUAAAGCCACUGAGAAACCUGGUACUGUCAAAGAUCUUGCUAUGAAAGACUCCUCAAAAACAUCAGUAACACUACAGUGGAACAAACCAGAUUAUGAUGGUGGUAGCAUUAUUACCGAUUAUAUAAUUGAAAAGAAACUUCAGGGUCAGGAAGAAUGGGCUCCUGCUGGAACAAACAAGCAUUGUGAGCAUGAGGUCACAAAACUUAAGGAACUCACAGACAUGUUCUUCAGAGUCUGCUCAAGGAAUGAGAAGGGCAACAGUGACUUUACAGAGAUUGGUCCAAUUAAAGUAAAGGACUAUAUCAUUCCACCAGAGGCAAACCUUGAGGAGUAUCCUGAUGGACAGGUCAGUGUUCGCAUUGGUCACAAUGUACAUAUUGAGCUUCCAUACAGAGGUAAACCAAGGCCAUCAGUUACUUGGCUAAAGGACAAUUUGCCACUGAAAGAGAGUGAAAAGGUUCGCUUCAAGAAGACAGAAAACAAGGCAACUCUUAUGAUAAAGAAUGUAGAAAAAGAGAAUGGUGGUAAAUAUACACUUACGCUUGACAACAAGAUCUGCAGGAAAUCGUUCCAUAUACAGGUCAUUACCCUUGGAACACCAUCCAGGCCCAUUGGACCAAUUCGUUUGGAUGAAGUCAGAGCAGAAAGUAUAAGGAUAUCUUGGGAUGAACCAAAUGAUGAUGGUGGUGGAGAAAUAACCUGCUAUAGUGUUGAAAAACGUGACACCUCUAAGCCAGAUUGGAAGAUGGCUUGUUCAAGUGUUAUAGGUACUACAUUCAAUGUACCAAAUUUAAUCAAAGGAACACAGUAUCAAUUUAGAGUAUGCGCAGAGAACAGGUACGGUGUGAGUGAGCCUCUAGUUUCACAAAAUGUUAUUGCAAAGCACGAGUUUAGACCUCCAGGUGCACCAGGCAUGCCAUUUGUCUACAAUGUCACUAAUGAUGGCAUGACUAUUCAGUGGGACGCACCUAUUUUUGAUGGUGGUUGCCCAAUACUUGGUUACAAUGUUGAAAAGAAAGAGACAAACAGCAUCAUGUGGCAAAAGGUCAACACUGUCUUGGUGACCGCAAGGGAAUAUAGAAUUAUCGGCCUUAUUGAAGGACUGCAAUACCAAUUCAGAGUCUAUGCUCAAAAUGAUGCUGGAUACAGUCGUAUGAGUGAUGAGAGCAAACCAAAUAUGGCUGUUUCUCCUGUUGAUCCUCCUGGAACUCCUGACUACAUUGAUGUAACAAGUGAAUCUGUGAAACUGAAAUGGGAUGCACCUAAAAGAGAUGGUGGAAGCAAAAUUGUUGCCUACAACAUUGAGAAACGUCAGGGCCAGGGUCGCUGGUUGAAGACGAACUUCACAGAUGUAACUGAGACAGAGUUUAUAGUGACUGGUCUAACUUGUGGUGAACGGUAUGAAUUCAGAGUUAUAGCAAGGAAUGCCAUUGGCACCAUCAGCCCACCUUCUCAGUCUUCUGGCUAUGUUCUCAUCAGAGACGAAAGCUCUGCUCCAAAUAUUGAAUUUGGACAGGAGUACUUUGAAGGGGUUGCCAUCAAAGCAGGGGAAAACAUCAAGCUUAAAGUCUCAAUUAUAGGAAGACCAACACCCAAGAUCAAAUGGUUCAGGGAUGAUGUUGAACUAACUAAGAAGAUGGUAGAUAUCACAACAACUGCUGGCUCAAGCACCCUCUUUAUUAGAGAUGCUGACCGCUCUCACCGUGGGGUCUAUUCUGUAGAAGCCAAGAAUCACUGUGGAACCAAGAAAGAGCAAAUUAAAGUUGAAGUCUUUGAUACACCUGGAGAGCCUGUUGGACCAGUUGUCUUCACAAAUAUCUCAGAAGGCAAAGCUACAUUUUCAUGGAAUCCACCAGAAAAUGAUGGCUGCUCUGAGGUCACUCAUUAUGUUAUUGAGAAGCGCGAGACCUCCAAAAUUUCCUGGACACUUGUUACAGAUCACUGUGUGGAGUGUACAUACAAUGCUACCAAACUGAUCAAGACCAAUGAGUACCAGUUCCGUGUGUCUGCUGUAAACAGGUUUGGGGUCAGUAGACCACUGGAUUCUGUUCCUGUCAUUGCCCAAAUGCAAUAUACCAUUCCAGACUCUCCUGGUACUCCUGAUGCGACUAAUGUUGAUGGAGAGAGUAUUACAAUCAACUGGACUGCACCGACAAAUGAUGGAGGAAAUGCAAUUAAACAUUACAUCGUUGAAAGGCGUGAGAAGAAAACUGGGCGCUGGGUGAAGGUUUUGACUAGGAAACCAAUUACUGAGACUGCCCACAGAGUAACUCAUCUCACUGAGAAUGUGGAAUAUGAAUUCCGUGUUUAUGCUUUUAAUGAUGCUGGAGUUGGCGCUCCAAGUAAUAUUUCAAUGCCUAUUAAAUGCGCAGAGCCAACUGAAGAACCAGAUGGUCCUUCAAUUGUAAAUGUUACUGAUACCACCAACACGUCUGUCAGUCUGGAAUGGACCAGACCUGGUUAUGAUGGUGGCAUGGAGGUCCAGGGAUACAUCAUUGAGGUGUGCAAAGGAGCUGAAACAGAAUGGCAUAGGGUCAAUGAAGAUAUUUGCAUUGUCACAAAGUACACUGCCACUGGUUUGGAAACAGGUGCAGAAUACAAGUUUCGUAUUAGUGCAGUUAAUGCAGUUGGAAAGGGUGACCCUAAAGAGAUCCCUGAGCCAGUCCAAGCAGUGGACAGACUGUCUGCACCAGAGAUUGAUAUUGAUGCAAGCUUCCAACAGACACACAUUGUGAAAAGUGGUGGCAGUGUAUGUCUCUGUGUAGCUUUCAAAGGAAAACCAGCACCUACAGCUUCAUGGAUAAAGGUGGAUGGUGAACUUGGGGUAAUGGCUGAUGUAACUACUACAGAGACUGUCACUCAUUUGGCACUGGGAAAUUGUACACGAAAUGACAGUGGAAAAUACACUCUCACUCUUGAGAACAGCAUUGGUAGCAAAUCCAUCACUUUUACAGUUAAAGUGCUGGACACACCUGGAGCACCAGGUCCUCUCAUGUUCAAGGAUGUUACAAGAGGCGCCCUUACACUUAUGUGGGAGCCUCCAGUCAGUGAUGGUGGUGCACGUGUUCAUCACUAUGUUGUGGAGAAGCGUGAGGCUAGCCGACGUACAUGGACAGAAGCAGCACCUAAGUGCACUCAAACAUAUUUGAGAAUUUCUGAGCUCCUGGAAGGAGUACCCUACUUCUUUAAGGUAAUGGCAGAAAAUCAGUAUGGCCUUGGUGAGGCUUAUGAAAUGCCUGAUCCAAUUAUUGCCACAGCUGAACCAGCUCCACCAAAGAGACUGGACAUUAUUGAUACCACUGAUACAACAGUUACUCUUGCCUGGAUGAAGCCUGAACAUGAUGGUGGCAGCCGUAUAACAGCUUACUGUGUGGAGGCUAAACCAAAGGGAACAGAUAAAUGGGUUGUUGGAGGUUCUACAAAAAACCUAAGUCUUGUCGUUGAGGGCUUAACUGAAGGUACAGAGUAUGAAUUCCGUGUCAAAGCAAAGAAUGAUGCAGGUUACAGUGUACCUAGAGAGGCUCUUUCUUCUGUUGUUGUUAAAGAGCCCCGUAUUGAGCCAACUGCAGAUCUCAGUGGCAUUACCAACCAGCUUAUCACUUGCAAAUCUGGCAGUUCAUUUGAAAUUGAUGUUCCAAUUAGUGGCAGACCAGCACCAAAAAUCAUUUGGAAGCUUGAGGAAAUGAGACUAAAGGAAACUGACAGGGUCUCAAUCAAGACCACCAAAAAUAGGACCACACUGACAGUUAAAGAAAGUAUGCGAGGUGAUGGAGGAAGGUACUUCCUUACCCUUGAGAAUGUGGCAGGGGCUAAAACUUUUAUUGUCACUGUCAAUGUGAUUGGCAGACCCAGUCCUCCAGAGGGGCCUAUUGAGAUUUCUUCAGUUACAGCUGAGUCUUGUGAUUUGUCAUGGAAUGAGCCUGAGGAUGAUGGUGGAACUGAAAUAACAAACUACAUUGUUGAGAAGCGUGAGUCUGGCUCAAUUGCCUGGCAGCUUAUCAACUCUAGCGUGAAACGAAAAUCAUUCCAUGUUUCACAUCUAACAAAAUACAUGCAGUACACAUUCCGAGUCUCUGCAGAAAACAGAUUUGGUGUGAGCAAACCAACUGAGUCUGAAACCAUUGUUGCAGAGCAUCCAUUUGUUCCUCCAGGGCCUCCAACUAGACCAGAAGUGUUUGCUGUUACUUCUAACAGCAUGAGCAUUCGUUGGGAGGAACCGUACCAUGAUGGUGGUAGUAAGGUCACUGGGUACUGGAUUGAGAAAAAGGAACGCAACACUAUUCUCUGGGUCAGAGAAAACACCAUUCCCUGUUUUGACUGUUACUACAAGGUGGACAGCCUUAUUGAAGGUCUUGAAUACCAGUUCAGAGUGUAUGCUAUGAAUAGUGCUGGCCUCAGCAAAGCAAGUGAAGCCUCAAAGAGAGCUAUGGCUCAAAAUCCAGUUGAUCCUCCAGGCAAGCCAGAAGUAACUGAUGUGUCAAGAUCAACAGUGUCAAUUAAAUGGUCUGUGCCUCUGAAUGAUGGUGGACACCCAAUUGUAGGUUACAUUGUUGAGCGUAAGCCAUAUACUGUCUCUGGAGAUGGAAGAUGGCUGAAGUGUAAUUACACUAAUGUUACUGAUACAAACUUCACCAUUACUGCACUGGGAGAAGGAGAAGUAUACGAGUUCCGUGUGAUUGCGAAGAAUGCUAAUGGAGUGCUCAGCAUGGCAUCAGUUUCAACAGGAGCAGUGACUUGCAAAGCUGAAUACAUACCUCCCAAAGCAGAACUGGAUAGCAAACUUCUUGUGGACACAGUUACAGUCAGAGCAGGGUCAGACCUGGUUCUUGAUGCUUCUGUUGGUGGCAAACCUGAUCCAAAAGUCUCCUGGGCCAAAGGACAGAAGGAGCUAGAUCUUUGUGAGAAAUAUUCUUUACAGUAUUCUAGCACCCGUGCUCUGGCAAUUAUCAAGUUCUGUGACAGAGAUGAUACUGGAAGGUAUGUUCUGACAGUGAAGAAUGCAAGUGGAACCAAAACAGCUGAAGUCAAUGUGAAGGUGCUUGAUACACCGGGCCCAUGCCAGGAGAUAAACGUAAGAAAUGUAACUAAAGAAAAAUGCACUGUGUCCUGGAAAGAGCCACUAGAGGAUGGUGGUGACCCCAUCACACACUAUAUUGUGGAGAGAAGGGACACUAACAGACUCAACUGGGUCAUCGUGGAGGCUGAAUGCAAGGCCCUUGUCUGUGACAUUACUAGACUUUUCAAGAAUAAUGAAUAUAUUUUCCGUAUCAGAGGUGUAAACAAGUAUGGACCUGGUGUGGCACUGCAGUCUUCACCCAUCAUUGCAAGAAACUCAUUCACUAUUCCAUCACCUCCGGGAGCACCAGAGAUCAUUGCAGUUGGAAAAGACUUUGCAACAAUUGAGUGGCUAAAACCUGAAAAUGAUGGUGGUAGUGAAAUCGUAAACUACCUCAUUGAGAAGAAAGAGAGAAAAAGCAUCAGAUGGAUCAAGGUUAAUAAAGACACUAUACUCAAGGACACAACCUUCAAGGUUACCGAUCUACAGGAGGGAAACAUUUAUCAGUUCCGUGUUACAGCCAUUAAUGCUGCUGGAGAUAGUGAGCCUAGUGAAGUGUCCAUGUAUGCAGUAUGCAGAGUACCAACAGGCAAACCAGAUGCUCCUUCAAUUCCACGUAUAACAGACACCCACAAGGACAGCAUUAGUCUGGCCUGGACAAGAGCAGUAGAAGAUGGAGGUGCCGAUGUUAUCGGUUACAUUCUUGAAAUGCAAGAAUUAGGCACAGAGGAAUGGAUCAAGACGCAUGAGAAGAAUCUUAGAGUCACAGAACAUACUGUGAUAGGUUUAACAACCAGCAAAAGGUACCGCUUCAGAGUUGCUGCAGUCAAUGUCAAUGGAGCAGGUGACUUUAGUGACCCAUGUACUGAAGUAGAGCCUGUUGAAAGAAUCGAAAUACCUGAUCUUGAGCUUCCUGAUGAUUUAAAGAAAACAAUAUGCCUGAGAGCUGGAAGCUCAAUGCGUCUUCAUGUAGCUGUUACUGGAAGACCAGUUCCAGCUAUUACCUGGAACAAGCCUGGUGUGGAUCUCCAAAACCGUGGAUUCAUUGAAGUGACAGAUACCGCCACAACUCUUAUCAUUGACAAGGUGCACCGCUAUGAUGCUGGAAUAUACACCCUCGAGGCCUCUAAUUCAGCUGGCAAGAAGGAUGCUAGCAUUCUGGUCAAGAUCUACGAUACUCCUGGUCCACCAGGCCCCAUUAAAAUAAAAGAGCUCACAACAGAGUUUGCUCACAUUAUAUGGGAUGCCCCUGAGGUUGAUGGUGGAGCACCUGUUAACAAUUAUAUCAUUGAGAGAAGAGAAACAUCAAUGAGAGCCUACAAAACAGUUACUUCUAAAUGCAGCAAGACAUCAUAUAAAAUUACAGGACUGUUAGAGGGAAUGCUCUACUAUUUCAGAGUGUUGCCAGAAAACAUCUAUGGUAUAGGUGAACCUGUUGAGACACUAGAUGCUGUGUUAGUGUGUGAAGUGCCACUGCCUCCAGCUAAACUUGACAUUGUAGACAUCACAAAGUCAUCUGUUACUCUUGGAUGGGAGAAACCUAAACAUGAUGGAGGCAGCAGAAUCAUUGGUUACAUUGUUGAAGCUUGCAAGGCUGGUACAGACAAAUGGAUGAAGGUUGUUACUUUAAAAUUAACAGACUUUGAAUACACUAUUGAAAAACUGAAUGAAAAUGAGCAGUACCUAUUCAGGGUACGUGCUCUCAACAGCAGAGGUAUUGGUGAAGCCAAAGAAAUUGUUACACCUGUAAUAGUGCAAGAACAAAGAGUUAUGCCAAAGGUUGAUCUAUCACGCAUUCCACAAAAGAUGAUCAGUGUUUUGGCAGGCAAACCACUUGAACUUGAUUUGCCAAUCUUUGGAAGGCCACCUCCAGUUUCCACCUGGUAUUUUAAUGACAAUAGAUUGAAGACACAGGAACGUGUGAAGAUUCAGUCUACUGCGAAAUUCUCCAGGUUAACUAUUCUUGACACCACAAUUGAUGAUACUGGAGAAUACAUCCUUGAAGUAAAGAAUAUUACAGGAAUUACUACAGAGCAAAUUAAAGUAAUCAUUCUUGACAAACCUGAUCCGCCUACAGGACCUAUUCGUUUUGAUGAGAUAGAUGCAACCUCAGUUCUAAUAAGCUGGGACCCACCAGAGAGGGAUGGAGGUGCUCCUGUAACUAACUAUGUUGUUGAACAACGUGAUGCUCAUCGUCCAGGAUGGGUACCUGUUUCUGAAUCAGUUAGCAGGCCAACCUUUAAAUUUGACAGAUUGACAGAGGGAGACGAAUAUGUCUUCCGUGUUUCAGCAGUCAAUCGCUACGGUGCUGGAGAGUUCUUGCAAUCAGAAAUUGUGGAAUGCAGGAGUUCCAAAUCCAUUCCCGGACCACCAGGCCGCCCGAUAGUAUUUGAUGUGUCUCGGGAUGGCAUGACCAUUGCCUGGGAACCACCAGAUGAGGACGGUGGUUUGGAGAUAUCUGGCUACAUCAUCGAGCGCAAGGAGGUCAGAGCUGACAGAUGGGUCCGUGCUAAUAAGAACCCUGUGACAAUGACAAGAUACAGAUCCACUGGUCUUAUUGAGGGCCUGGAAUAUGAGCACAGAGUCACAGCCAUCAAUGCUAGAGGUGUUGGUAAACCCAGUCUACUCUCGAAACCAGCUGUGGCAACUGAUCCAGUUGAUCCACCUGGCUCACCUCAGAACCCGAGAAUCACAGAGACUACAAAGACAUCUGUGUCUUUAGCCUGGAAUCCACCUGAUGAGGAGGGUGGCUCUAAAGUAACUGGUUAUCUAAUUGAGAUGCAGAAGGCUGGUUCUGUAGCCUGGAUUAAGUGCAAUACUACACCUACAAUGAUUUGUGAAUACACCCUGACAAAAAUGCCUCAGGGUGAGGAGUUCAGAUUCAGAGUCUUGGCUUGUAAUGCUGGUGGACCAGGCGAACCAGCUGAAGUGCCAAGAACGGUCACUGUGACAGAGAUGCUUGAACCUCCAAGUCAUGAUCUUGAAUCUAAGUACAAAGAUAUAUUUGUUGUCCGACAUGGAGCAGUCAUCAAACUUUCAGUUCCAAUCAAAGGCAAGCCAACGCCUGUUUGCAAAUGGACAAAGGAUGGUUCUGAGGUCUCUAACCGUGCAAUGAUUGUCUCCACUGAGGAUAUUACUGAGCUUGUUAUCAAGGAUGCUGAAAGGUCUGACUCUGGUUUAUACAUUCUCCAUCUUGAAAAUAAAUGUGGCAAAAAGAUGGUGCAAAUCAAGGUCAAGGUUAUUGGCCGUCCAGCAGCACCUGAAGGUCCUCUUGGAUUUGAGGAUAUCCAAGCUCAUUCUGUAAGAGUGAGCUGGAAGCCACCAAAAGAUGAUGGUGGCACAGAAAUCCUUGGCUAUAUUGUGGAGCGACGUGUGGCAACAAAGGCAGCCUGGUAUACUGUGGACUCCAGAGUGCUUGACACAUCUUUUGUGGUUAAAGGACUACAUGAAAAUGUUGAGUACCACUUUAAGGUGACAGCAGAAAAUAAGUUUGGCAUCAGUGGCUCCCUUAAAUCUGAACAGCCUGUUGUGCCAAAGACUCCAAUUUGUAUACCAGAAGCUUCAAGUACACCACCAGAGAUCAUGGAUGUUACUAAGUCCUCUGCUGAUUUGGCUUGGAUUAAACCUAAAGAUGAUGGUGGAUCACCGAUCAAUGGAUACUUCAUUGAAUAUAAAGAGGUGUCAUCUGACAAGUGGGUUCGCCAUGAGACGAGAGUUACUUCCACCAUGUACACCCUUAGCGGACUCACUACUGAUGCAGAAUAUCAGUUCCGUGUGAUUGCUAUAAAUAACAUUGGAGAGAGUGAACCUGGACCUGCAUCAGAUUCAGUCAUAUGCAAAGAUCCAUUUGACAAACCAAGUCAACCAGGGGAGGUAGACACAUUGGCUGUAACUAAAGAUUAUAUAACUAUUCGCUGGGAAGCUCCUCAAUGUGAUGGUGGAAAGCCAGUUCUUGGUUACUGGGUUGAGUACAGAAAAUCAGGGGAGAGCACUUGGAAAAAGUGUAACAGGGAGCUAUCAAAGGAAAAACAAUUUACUCAAGGUGGUUUGCAAGAGGCUACUGAAUAUGAAUUUAGAGUGUUUGCUGAAAAUGAAACUGGAAUCAGCAGGCCUCGUAGGACUGAAGCAGGAAUUAAAACCAAACUAGGUGUUGUAACUAAACCAGCUCUCAGAAAAGAGAUAGAUGAAGUUACUGCCAAGCUUGGACAGACUGCCACCCUAAAAUGUCAAAUUAUUGGAAGGCCUGUUCCAGAAAUUAAAUGGUACAAAGGUGGAAAGGAACUCAAAGAGGGCCACAAAUAUGCUGCAACCUCUGAUGGCCGUAACCAUACUUUAACCAUCUCAACGGAUCAACAAGAAGAUGAAGGCUUGUACACAUGCAAGGCUGUGAAUGAAGCUGGAGAUUGUGAGACCAGUGGAACCUUGGUUCUGGAAGCAGCACCUCAAUUCCCUGUCCCAUUGACAGACAAAAUCUUUGCAGAAUGUGGUACAACUGUACGUGUUCAUGCUGUGUAUAUAGGUCGUCCUGAACCCAAAAUUAUGUGGCUUCAUGGGGCCAAACCUGUGGUGCCCUCUGAGAAUGUCAUCAUUGAGAACACAGAGCAUUACACUCAUUUGAUUUUAAAGAAUGUCCAACGCAGGGUGAAUGGUGGAAAGUACAGAAUCAGGAUCAACAACCACUUUGGCUCUGCAGAUACCGUAACUCAACUUGAAAUUCUAGACAAACCUUGCAUGCCAGAAGGGCCUAUUGUUCUUGAGGCUUUAUUGAAGAAUUCUGUGAUAAUAAGUUGGAAGGCAUCAAAAGAUGAUGGUGGAUCAAUGAUAACAAACUAUAUUGUGGAGAAGCGUGAAGACAAAGAAGGUGCCGAGUGGCAACUUGUCUCAUCGUCUAUUACAGGCACCUCAUGCCGCAUUCCUAAUCUUGUGGAAAAUGAAGGUUACUUCUUCCGCAUUUCGGCACAAAACCGUUAUGGUAUCAGUGAACCACUGGAGACUCCAUCUGCUAUUCUUAUCAAGAGUCAAUUAGAUAAGCCAGGUGCACCACUUAAACCUGUUGUGUCUGGCGUGACCAAGACCUCCUGCAUUGUUUCUUGGAAACCACCUCUUAGUGAUGGUGGAUCCAAGGUCAAAAGUUACAGUCUUGAAAAGAAGGACAAAAAGAAAGGUGAAUGGGUUGUGGUAACCUCUGAUGAGAUUCAUCAGACAGUUUAUUCAGUAAAGGGGCUUACAGAAGGCCUGGAGUACAUUUUCCGUGUGAAAUGUGAAAAUAUUGGUGGAGAGAGUGAAUACAGUGAAGAGUCAGACCCUGUUGUUCCAAGAACUGAUGCUGAAAUACAUGCUCCUGCCUUUAAGGAAGACCUCAGAAAUAUGAGUGUGAAAUACAAGAGCAAUGCAACAUUUGUUUGCAAGAUAACAGGACAACCCAAACCUGUGAUCAAAUGGUUCAAGCGUGGCAAAGAAAUUCAGGCAGAUGGAAUCAAAAUCAAGAUCCAGGAAUUCAAGGGAGGUUAUCAUCAACUUGUCAUUGCUAAUGCUGAUGAUGAAGAUUCAACUGUCUAUCAGAUCAGAGCAACAAACCAGGGAGGCUCAAUUUCCGCAACUGUUUCUCUUGAUGUUGAAAUACCAGCAAAGAUUAAUUUACCUAAGAACCUACAAGAUAAAGAGGCCAUCUGUGCUCUUCGUGGUGAAGUGGUGAACAUCAAGAUUCCAUUCAGCGGAAAACCAGAUCCAGUUAUCACAUGGCAGAAGGGCCAAGAUCUUAUUGAUAACAAUGGGUAUUAUCAAGUCAUCGUCACGAGAUCAUUUACAUCUCUUUUGUUCCCCAAUGGAGUGGAUCUGAAGGAUGCUGGUUUCUAUAUUGUCUGUGCAAAGAACAGAUUUGGCAUUGACCAACAAACAGUUGAACUUGAUGUUGCAGAUGUCCCUGAUCCACCUCGCAGCAUCAAAGCCAGUGAUGUGUCUAGGGAUUCUGUUACACUUAACUGGGUGGCACCUGCCAGUGAUGGAGGAAGUAGAGUUAGAAACUACAUUAUUGAGAAGUGUGCCACUACAGCAGAGAGAUGGAUCCGUGUUGCCCAGUCACGUGACACUCAUUACACUGUCACCAACCUGUUUGGGAAAACAAGCUACCAAUUCCGUAUAAUAGCAGAGAACAAAUUUGGCCAGAGUGCACCAUCUGAACCAAGUGGACCAGUUGUGACAAAGGAAGAUAAAUCAAGAGUUCUUAACUAUGAUGAGGAAGUUGAUGACAGCAGACCUGUCUUUACGGGUAAAGCUCGUCAUUCAGAGGUUAAGAAUUUGCACAACAAAUAUAUGAUCGCUGAGGAGCUUGGACAUGGGCAGUUUGGCAUUGUUCAUCGCUGUGUUGAGAUUAGUUCUGAGAAGACAUUCUUUGCCAAAUUUGUUAAAGUAAAAGGUGCAGAUCAAGCAAUAAUAAAGAAAGAAAUUGCCACUCUAAAUGUGGCACGUCAUAAGACCUUCCUGCAACUCCAUGAAUCAUUUGACAGUCCUGAAGAACUAGUUAUGAUAUACGAGUUUAUAUCAGGUGUUGACAUAUUUGAGCGUAUUGGCACAGCUAACUUUGAGCUCAAUGAACGUGUAAUUGUUAAUUACAUCAGACAGGUAUGUGAAGCUCUUGAGUUUCUACACAGCAAGAGUUAUGGCCAUUUUGAUAUCAAACCUGAGAAUAUAGUGUACACCACAAGAAGGGGAACUACUAUCAAGAUAAUUGAAUUGGGACAAUCUAGACAUCUCACCCCUGGAGAACAAAUCAAGAUUCAGUACACAACAGCUGAAUAUUCAGCACCUGAAAUUCAUCAAAAUGAGUUGGUCAGCAGUGUCACAGACAUGUGGUCUGUUGGUGUCCUAGUAUAUGUUCUCCUCAGUGGACUCAAUCCUUUCAUUGCUGAAACCAAUCAACAAAUGAUUGACAACAUCUCCAAUGCUGAGUACAGUUUUGAUGAUGAGUCCUUUAAAGAGGCAAGUGUUGAGGCAUUAGACUUUAUAGAUCGCCUUCUUACCAAAGACCGUAAACAUCGUAUGACAGCUGCUGAAGCUUUGAAUCAUCCUUGGCUGACAAUGAACACAGAGGAGCUCAGCAGUAGGUCAAUCAAGAUCACAAGACACAAAAGAUACUACCAAGCUAUGGUGAGAAAAGAAUGGAACACUGUUGUCUCAUCUGCACGUAUUGCUAGUGGUGGUGCUAUUAGGAGUCAGAGAGGUGUAACAGUUGCCAAAGUAAAGAUUGCACCAUUUGAAAAUGGUCCAGUUGCUGGGCUAAUUAAACACAGUGUUGCUGAUGAAGGUGACGAUGUCAAAUUUAUUUGCAACAUUGACAACUAUGAUAGCAGUACUGAGGUUACAUGGUACUGUGGAGUUCGACAACUAGAGGAAAGUGCCAAGUGUGAAAUUACCUACGAAGAGGGACUUGCUACAAUAACUAUCAAGGGUAUCACUAGAUCAGAUGAUGGAACAUACAGAUGCAAAGUUGUCAAUGAAUAUGGUGAAGACAGUGCAUAUGCUGAGCUCUUUGUUAAAGGUGUCAGAGAAUACCGUAGCUUCUUCACUGCACGUGUGGUAAGGAAAGUCAAACGCAGAAUAGACACAGCCCGUCUUCUACAAAGACCUCCGGAAUUCACCCUUCCACUGUGCAAUCGCACUGCUUACUUUGGUGAAACUCUUCGCUUUGGUGUCACCAUCACAGUACACCCUGAGCCUCGUGUUAUGUGGCUGAAAUCUGGGCAGAAGAUUUCCCCAGGAGAUGACGACAAGAAAUAUACAUUUAUAAGUGACAAAGGUCUGUAUCAGUUAGUUAUUCACAAUCUUGACUCUGACGAUGAUGCUGAAUACACUGUGGUGGCACGCAACAGGUAUGGUGAUGAUAGCUGUAAGGCUCGUCUCACAGUGAUUCCUCGCCCUGCGCCUGCUGAUAAUACACUGAGACCCAUGUUCAAGCGCCUACUGGCAAACUUGGAGUGCAAAGAGGGCCAGAGUAUACGCUUUGAGAUAAGAGUGUCAGGAUCACCGACACUGAAAUGGGAGAAGGAUGGUACACCUUUGGCAUUUGGUCCACAGAUUGAAGUUGUUCAUGAGGGUUUGGAUUACUAUAUGUUACACAUCAGAGACACUCUUCCAGAAGAUUCUGGUACAUACAGAGUAACUGCCACUAAUUCUGCUGGUUCUGCAAGUUGCCAAGCCACACUUAGGGUUGAACGUGUGACGCAUGUCAAGAGGGACUUUGAGAGUGAGGAGGAUAAGAGGAAGAAGCUAGACCAACAGCAAAUUGACAAGAAAGUACGAUUAACACAGAUUCUGGCUGGUACAGACGUCAUGGCACUUAUUCCUGUAGCACAACAGGCAUUGAGAGAGGCUGCAACUAUGUUCAAGCCUGCAGUAACCACCAAAAAAGUAAAGACUGAAGCUGAAGAAGCAAAGGAAAAAGAAGAAAGAAGGAAAAGGGCAGAGGAAAAGAGAUUGAGAAUGCCAUAUGUUGUCCCUACACCUCGCCUUUAUGGUCCUACUGCUCUUGAGGAAGACAUGGUGAUCAAGCACUUUAAACCAUUAUCUGACAUGAAGUGGUACAAGAAACUACGAGAUCAAUAUGAGUUCCCUGAGCCAAUGGAAAAGAUUCCUCAGAAAAGACUUAAGCGUAUUCGACUUUCAAGGUGGGAACAAUUUUAUGAAGUGCCCUUGCCAAGGAUUAAAGACCAAUACAAGCCAAAAUGGCGUAUACCAACUGUUUCACAAGAUGACUUGGAAACUGUCAGACCAGCAAGACAACGAACACCUUCCCCGGAAACGGAAGCUUACUACAGAAUAAGAAGGCGAUCACUUGGUGAUCUUUCUGAUGAGGAACUGCUUCUUCCUAUUAAAGAAUAUCUGUCAAUGAAGAGUACAGAGGAGGAAAGACUUAAACUUGAAGAGGAACUUAGAUUAGGCUACUCUGCUUCUCCACCAAGUCUAAGUCCUGUACGCUUUGAACUCUCUGCUUUGCGUCCUUCGUCACCAAAGAGGACUGUAUAUGAUGAGGAGAAAGAAGGAGAGGAAGUUCCUGCAUAUGACUCCUAUCGCAUCCCCUCAAAGUACGAGGCUGGCCCAAGCUACAUUGAUCUACGUCAGAGGCAUGAUAAAGCAACAUAUAGACCUCCUAGGCAGAAGCAAAGGAUGUAUGAAGAAAAAGAGGACCAAGAGCUCCUUAGACCAGUCACUACCACCACAAGAAUAACGUCUUACAAGAGUCAGAUGAAACACAUGGAGUUUGAGGAAAAAACAAGAAUCACAAGAAAAGAGAAAACAAAAAUUUCAAUACCUGCAGUGAUUCAGGGAGACACAGCUGACAUAUAUGAUGUACCAGUGAGGUCAUUUUCACCUGGUUAUAGUAAGGUGACACACCCCAAGGCCGAGAAGCCUCCUAAAAUAGAUGAGGACAAAAAAGCAAGCAUCAGACAUCCAAGCCCAGAGGGGAAACAUCCACACACCAUGAGCCUUGUGUCAAGUGAGAAAGCAGUGUCUUCACAAGACCUGUCCAUAAAGGUUGACUACAUCCAACGUUAUGAAGCAAUGAAGAAAGCUCUGAAAACUGAGACAAAGUUUGAAACAGUUUCUCAGCAGCCAUUUAGUCUUGACCAUACGCCAAGGGUGACUGUAAGAAUGCGCUCUCACCGCGUGGCAGUUGGUCAAAAUACAAAAUUCACAUUGAACGUUCAAUCUAAGCCAGAGGCACAAAUUCAGUGGUAUCACAACGGCCAGCCCAUUCAAGAAAGCAAUAAGUAUAGGAUGUAUAACAUGAGUGGGGUUCUUUCUCUCCAGAUCAUUGACUGCCAAGAAGAAGACAGCGGGACAUACCGUGUCACCUGCACAAAUGCAAAGGGAGAAGCCUCAGACUAUGCCACUCUAGAUGUUUCUGGAAGUGGAUUUUCCGCAUAUACAUCUCAGCGCAAAGAUGAAGAACCUCCAACUCCUUUUAUACCUGAAAUGACAAGAACAGAUGUUUAUCAUGUGUCAUCAUCUAAGGCAACAUCCACCACCGAAACACAUGUUUCAGAAGCAGUAACUGAAAUCAAAACAUCAGAUAUCAAAACAGAGGCAACAGAAACUGUUAUUCAUGAAGAAUAUGUAUCAUCUGAGAUGAAGCUUCAAACCACAGAAAUGGUAACAGUAGAGGAAGCUCCAGUUGAGACAAAGAAACCAACCAUUUCUGCUAAAAUUCUGACUAAGCCACAGUCACUCACAGUUUCUGAGGGGGAGUCAGCAAAAUUUACAUGUGAUGUGGAUGGUGAACCAGCACCCAGUGUAACUUGGUUAAGGAAGGGACAAGCUAUUGUAUCAUCUCACCGUCAUCAUGUAACAACGACAGAAUACAAAUCUACAUUUGAGAUCUCACAAGUUGAAAUUUCAGAUGAAGGAAACUACACAUUGGUUGUGGAGAACUCUGAGGGUAAACAAGAAGCAGAAUUUACCCUGACUGUUCGCAAACCAACACCUGUACAGAAAGUUGUUGCUUCUCCUCCAAGAGUAAAGUCUCCAGAGUCUCCUCGUCUGAAGUCACCUGCAGGGAUUAAAUCCCCAGCAAGAAUCAAGUCCCCUGAACCAAUUAGGUCACCACAAAGAGUCAAGUCACCAUUCACAGCAAAGUCACCAGUUCCAAAAGAGAAAACAACCAAGCCUACCUUUUCAGCUGGACUGAAUGAUAUUUCUGCUUUGUCAGAUACAAUUAUCAAGCUGACAGUAAAAAUUAUGGGUGUGCCUAAACCAGCGAUUUCCUGGAUGAAAGAUGGGAAGAGUGUGUCACAGGGUGGAAAAUAUGAAAUAUUUGAGGAACACGGUUCUGCACAUCUUGAAAUCUAUGAUGCUGAUGUAUCUGAUAGUGGUGUGUAUGAAUGCACUGCAAAAAAUAGUGAUGGAUCAGUCACUACAAGAUGCAUUGUAACUGUUAAAGAAUCAAGAAAAUCAACAUCGUUUGCAGUAGAAACAAAAGCAGAACUAACAGAAGAACUUGCCAGACAGGAGAUCAUUCAUGAGAAGGUCCAGUCAUUUUCAGAAAUUAAAGCUUUGCAAACUGAAAUAACAUUGACUGAGGGUCAGUCUGUCACACUGAAAGCAAAUAUCCCUGGGGCUUCUGAUGUAAAAUGGAUUCUGAAUGGAGUGGAACUGAUUAAUUCAGAGCAAUAUAGAUAUGGUAUUUCUGGAAAUUACCACACUUUGACCAUUAAGAGUGUAAGCUCCCAUGAUAGAGGAAUUGUCACAUGUGAGGCACAAACUGAACAGGGAGUGGUCAAGUGCCAGUUUGGCACAACAGUCAGUGAAAAAUUCUCAGAUGCACCAAGCUUCCUAGUGCAACCACGCUCCCAGAACAUAAAUGAAGGCCAGGAUGUCAUAUUCUCCUGUGAAAUAAUGGGUGAACCUACACCUGAAAUUGAAUGGCUCAAGGACAAUGAAGUGCUAUCGGUCUCAUCAAAUAUGAAACUGAGCCGCACUAAAAAUAUGUACAAACUGGAGAUUCAGAAUGCCACUGUUGAGGACAGUGGCAAAUAUACAGUAAAGGCCAAGAACCAAUUUGGACAGUGUUCUGCAACAGCAUCCCUCAAUGUUCUCUCUCUGGUUGAAGAACCUGUUAAAAUGAGAGUAUUGAAGAAAAGCUCAGAUGCUACAAGUAUACAAAGUAGCAGCUCUGCCUUGCACAUGGCUUCAACAAUGCAGGAAACGAGAAGCAGCAGCCCCAGCAUGGCUCAGAUUAAAUUUCAAAGCAUGUCAGCAACUAGCAUGACCUCAAUGACAUCUGAAACAAUGGUAGCCAUGAGUUCGAGUUCACGCAGCAUGAUGGAAAUGUCUAGUCAUGCACAUGUUGCAGGGUCCUCACUCAGAUCCAUUUCUUACAAGUGCAAAGGUGUACCACCUAAAAUUGAAGCUGCCCCUGAGGAUAUAAGCAUAGAAUCAGGAAAGGUUCUGUCUGUGGCCUGUGCUUUCACUGGAGACCCAGUUCCAAAUGUUGAGUGGUCCCGUUCAGGGAGGAUACUGUCCAGUGAAGAGAGUGAAAGGUUCCAGAUUGAGACCACUGAGGACACAACCACACUCAUCAUUAGUGGCAUAAAAGAAAAUGAUGCUGGAGCAUACACCCUCAAACUUUCAAAUGAGCUUGGCUCUGAUACUGCUACCGUCAAUGUCCGCAUUCGAUCUAUGUGAAAAAUAUAUAUUAAUCCAGUCCAUACCCCCUUUUCCUUUCUUCAAUAUAUUUUAUUUAUUGAAUGAGUAAAAAAAAAUACUGUUCUAGAUAAAGACCUGGAUCUCUGUUCUGUAAAUAUGAACUAUUUUUAUACCAAACUUGACUUUAAUUUAUGCCAAACUAGACUAAAGUCUAAAGUUGUUAAAGAUGUGCCAAAUUGGGUAAUUAUGACUUUUUGAACCAUUUUUCUGUGACAUGUACAUAAUGUAUAUAGCCGAAUUGAACGGUUAUGGAAAAUUUAUGAAUUGUUAUUUAUGACGAUAAUAACUUAAACAAAUGGAACGAAAUGUUUAACAGGAGAAAGUUUCUAAUGGAACGAAUACCCUGUGAAACCUGAAACAAAAUUAUGUGCCUCAACAAUAUGUUGAAGUCUUAAGAUUGCCUCAACAGGUAGAGAGGCUCCCUGUUGAAGUUCUACUAAAUCAAAGGGACAAAGCUAUGCACUGUACAUCUGUGCGUAUAGUAUUUCAGUACUCAAAUUGAAUUUAUAACUUGACCAUAAGACCUUGAAUGCUGUUUGCGUCUCACCCUCACAUAAGCAGCAUGACUAGGUCUUGUGUUCAGACUGACAAUUUCAUAUCACCAUUUUAAUGACAUGCUCAAAGUGCAAGCGGCCUGCACCUUGAGCUGAUGAUGAUAUGCGCUCAUGUUCUGCCAAAGGACUAUUUGAAUUUGAUCUUAUGAAAGCAACAUCACCUGGCCAUUAAUUUCUUUAUCAAUUCAGAUACUCCUUUGCAGAAUCUGUGCCACCUCUUGGAGGAAUGCUAGGUUAUAUUGUGUGUUGUUUUUUUUUUUUGUUAGUGUGUGUGUUAGUGUUAGGAUCUCACUUUGUCAGGGUAUUCAAGCAGUGUACCACAGUAACUACAUCUGCUGUGCAAAGAAAACAUAAAACACAUGAAUGCAAUACCCUGCACUUUGAUUCAAUAGCAAUUAAUAUAUGUAGAAUUACCUAUAUAUUCUGCCUCCUUGAGUUUUAUGAAUUUUUGGUUUAAUAAAGCAUGAUUUCAGCACCAUAAA